UUGGGGUUUAGUAGUGGGAUGCUGCACUGGACUUCAACCUCAUUCAGCUGGCUGCUUACAUUUCUCAUAUGAAGGCCUAAGCAGCAUUGCACGCAGUGCACGUCAAGUCAAGGCAUGGCAGAUUGUAAUCUUACAUUGACGAGCCCCCAUGUUAGCACUUUUACAACUCAGAGAAAGCCUUUCAAUCGACUUUCAUUAGAUUAGGUUUGGUGAAUAUUUGAGCACCAUCCAUAGUCAUGUAUUCAAAGUUCACAAAACAAAUGAAUACAUCAGCUGAUGCGCACUCAUCUUCAGGGUUUUGGCAUGAUUGUUAUUGUAUCAGACACACCCCUAGACUUUUUUACAUCUUAUCUCUCUGGCCAUAUCAUGUUUAUUUAGUUGAAAACUUUCAAAUCCCAACCAUCACCCUUCUCCUCUGGUGCUCCCAAAGGCCCAGUCCUCAGCCCCUUUAAGUUCAUCAUUUACCUUCUCCCUCUUGGUCAUAUAAUCCGCAAGUUCAACAUCAAUUUUCACUGUUAAGCAGAUGACACCCAGCUCUACGUCUCCACCAAACCCACCUCCACCUUUUUACCCUCCUCCCUCUGUGACUGUUUGCAGGAAAUCAAACCCUGGUUCCCAUCCAACUUUCUCAAACUCAACAGUGAUAACAAUGAGGUUCUCCUCAGUGGCACUAGAUCUGCCCUCAGUAAAGCUCCCAGCUUCACCAUCCCCAUCAACAACUCCUCUGUUUCCGCCUCCCCUCAGUUCAAGAGUCUAGGGGCUCUAUUUUCGUGUUUGCUGGUGACGGGUGGCGAACCCGGGCAGUAGUAGUAAAUAAACUAGUAAAUAAACACACACGAUUAAGAUAACAAGAUAUGUAAUUCGUCUCCCUCCUUUUCUAUCUUCCUCUUCCUCUUAUUUCUCGGGGCUGUUCGACCUGGACAUUUCUCUGUGUCCUCUCCCCGUCCUGCUGCAGCUGCUGCUGCGGCGGCUGAACAGAUGAUUUAUUUUAGUGAUCAGAUGAGUUAUUUACUUUAAGCCGACAUACGGAUAUUAUAAUAUUCAGUUUUGUGAGCCAAAUUUAUUUUAUAUGCCAACAUCUAUGAAAGAAAGAGCCAGGCCGCGGAGCGCAAUGCGUCCUUUAUGCACAGAUGGUUCCGAUUUGAAUGCCAUUAUUGGAAUUUAUGUUGCACUCAACCCACCUUUGUCACGUGAGGUUUAAAUAUAUGCAACUUUAUGUGAGUGUCUUUAUUUGUGGAAAAGGGGGUUUGUCUUACCUGUGGGUCCAACCUUACACACACCACAUCCAUCUGUGCUCAUAUGAGAGAGUGUGGAGGAUGCCCAAUGCAGCGCUUACAGUGACACUAGUUGGAAAACUGCCUUCUGUCGCCAUUGUGUGGCAUUACUGUCUUCAGACAUCUCUUGAUCUCUUUGACUAGUUCACUAAAAUUGUAAUACGCCUCGCCGGUGGCAGAUUUAAAGGUGAGGAGAGGAGCUAAUGUAAUUGGCCAAUACGGGUCUUGGCUGUGUUAAACCCACUCCACGCCUGGGAAUACUUACGCCAGGCUGCGCCGCUCACCAAAAUACCAAAGUGUGCUUGGGAACGCCUUGUCGGCGUGGCGAACCUGACUUACGCCACGCCUGCGCCAUGUCCCUGGCGAAACACGAAAAUAGAGCCCUAGGUGUUGUCCUUGAGAGCACUCUGUCAUUCCAAACUCGCAUAAUCCGGUCAGCCUACUUCUAUCUAUGAACCAUUAAUUGCCUCUGUUCGUCUCUCAUCCCCAAAAGUACCACUAUCCUGGCCCAUACUCUGGUUACAUCCCGCUUGGAGUACUGCAACUCCCUUCUCAUUGGUCUCUCCCACAAGUCCCUCCAUAAGCUUCAGAUGGUCCAAAAUGCUGGCGUCCAUAUCAUCACCAGAACACCAUCUAUCAGUCACAUCAUGCCUGUUCUCCACAAACUCCACUGGCUUCCAAAAAAACUCUCUAUGGACUACAAAAUUGUGCUCUACACAUUUAAGGCCAUCCACAAUCUUCCUCCUCCAUACCUCUCUAAACUCCUCCACAUCAACACUCCUACCCUGGCUCUCAAGUCUGCCUCCUCCAUCCAGCCCAUCUGUUAAACAUCUUCUGUCAUUUUUUAUUUUAUUUCUAUUUGUAUUCUCAUUCUUAGCUGUUUUAUUUUCAAUUAGCACUUUGAAGCACUUUGAAUUGCGUUUUACUUGUAUGAAAAGUGCCAUGUAAAUAAAUGUUGAUUGAUUUAUAAUUUGGUGGGUAAACCAAAAAGGCGUGUACCAGCACUUGAAAUAAGUGCUCAAAUGUGUGUAGUUGCAUUUUAUUCACACAAGCUAGCCACCACCCCCCACCCCCACCCGGUGUUGUCUUUUUGUUAUGAACAGGAGGGAGCAGCAGUGAGGAGAGGUGAAGGUGCAGCAGGGGGAAGAUAACUGGACAAAAGCAGAGCGCUGCACAGUGAGAAUCUAGAAGAUAGCCAUGAAGGGAUUAGACAGAAGGAUGUGCAGGACUCCACUCUGGCUAUUGGCCUUCCUGACUUUUUCCUCACAGACUUUUAUUAGUGAUGGAUCUCCUCUGUAAGUAGAUUUACAUUACCUCUUAUCGCUCCUUCCUGAAAAUCUGCUCAAAGAUGCAGUGUAUGUGAAUGACAAUAUGUGCAACUGGCCUAUCUUAAAUAGAUUUUUCCACAAUGCAGAAAUGUAGGCUACUCUGACUUUUCAGAAACUUUAUAUAAGUUUUGUUAAAGCUGUAAUGUGAGUUUGGAUGUUUACUCUAUUGAACAAAAACAACAAUAAUGGCUGAAGUAGUGUAGUGAUUGAUUUCUUUUUUCUUUAGAUUCAGAGGAAAGUUUACUCAAACUCCAUAACAGCUUUGCUUUAUUGUAUAUAAUGUUUGUAAUGGACAUAUUUUACCAGAGUGGUCGAAUAAUUCUUUAGUAGUAGAAAUACUGAGACAGUGGUUAACCUGCAUUUGCUAUCAGUCUGAGAGUUUGGGGUUUGGGGUCGGGAAGUCAGGUUAAAACUAUAUAAAAAUGAUUUCAUUUGUUUUUUCAUCAGUGAAACAAAAAUAAUCUAGUAUUUCUUUACAUUUCAUCAACCCAUAUGUUGAAUAGAAUAUGUCCAAGUUUAAAUAAAAGCAUCUCCUUUUGACACAUUUAAUCCAAAAUCACUGAGCAAGUUUGACCGAUCUGGUAUUGGACCCUACUCAAGGUAAAUAAUAAAUCAUCCAUUAUGUAUAAAGUCCAUCCAAGCAAACCAAUGUUUUUAUAAGUGACUUAGAACUUGUAUAUUAUUUCACGUCUGUCCAUUAUAUACCAGUAUAUUUAUCAGCACAUUUUCAGAUCUCUUCCUCUCUGAGAGUUUGUCAAGUUUCUAUGGUUCUUUCUGCAUGAUGCCUGAAUUCCUCAUUUCUUGCAUUCUGGUGUUCUGCAGGCAGGUGCUGUCCGCCCCUAACUUGUUGCGUGUAGGAACAACAGAGAACGUUUUUGUGGAGUGUCAGGACUGCACAGGAGGUGACAUUGAGGUGACAAUCAAUGUGAUGAACCAUCCAACAAAAACAACAAGGCUGGCAUCAACAGCCGUCACCCUCACCAGUCAAAAUAACUUUCAGCAGUUUGGACAAAUAACGGUAGAUGAAAUAUUAUUACGCUGUUGUAUGUUAGUGUUUCUCAGCCUCAUUCCUAGCCAUGACCUCAAACAGCAGAUCUAGUGUUGAUGAAUCAAAAAGUCAUAUUCCAUCCUGCUCUUAAUAGUCGGUCUGUGGGUCUUUGUGACGGUUUCAGGUCCCCCCUGAACACUUUAACAGGGAUCCAAACAUGAAGCAGUACGUGUACCUGCAAGCUCAGUUCCCUGAUCGCCUGCUGGAGAAAGUCGUCUUAGUGUCCUUCCAGUCUGGGUACAUCUUCAUCCAGACUGACAAGACCCUCUACACCCCUGGCAGUACAGGUACGUCCAAAAUCUGUUCAAUGACAUGAUCCUCAGUUUAAGGAUUUAAUCAUGGUAAAGGUAAGAUUGAAAAAAAAAAUCAUAAAUCUUCUUAAUUCUACAAUAACUUAAAAUGGAUGACUGGACUGCAAACAAAGAAAAAGUAAUGCACUAAAAACAAAGGGAAUAAAUAAAUAAAAGGAAUAAAUAAAUAAAAUAAAAAGUUGUAUAUUAUUUUUCUUUCAUGUUAAGCACUUUCCCCUAUCAACUCCAGUUCUUUACAGGAUAUAUGCAGUGACACCACAGAUGAUGCCUGUUGAAAGAGACAAUGCUGUUGCUAUUGAGAUGGUGGUAUGAUAUUUUGGAUUGAGUUGCACACACAACUGUAAUUGAUUGACUGUACCCCCCUUAUCCCACUGAGUUGUAAAUAGAAACAAGAAUGCGAUAAUACAAAAUUGGUGUUUGAAAUGAUAAUGUAAAUUUAUAUACUUUUCUGGUAACAAUGGUUUUUUUUUUUCUCAGACUCCUGAAGGCAUAAUUUUACCAGACGGUGUAUUUGCUCCGCAUUCAGGGUUUUAUAGUGGCUCAUAUCAUAUGAGACAAAAUGACCGGUAAGUAUGGGUAGAAAAUAGAAAAAUGAAUGGAUAAAUGAAUGGAUGGAUAUAUUUCAUAGUUACCUUUUUUUUAAAUUGCUUAUAUAAAAAGCUGAGUAAAGAAAAUUAAUUUCCUCUUGAGUCUACCAAAACAAGUACCAACAAAGACUCACUAAACUCAAGAAUCUGAGUCUGUUUUUUGCAAAGCUUAAAAUACAUGAAUCUCAUUUAUAUUUCAUAAUUCAAGGUAUAACUUUUCCAUUUUUGACUUUGCAAGAUAAAAUUUAGUUAUCAUUUCAGUAGAAUACUUUUUAGAGUGGCACACUCCACCUCUAAGGUUCCCUACAUGGACUGUAUAUACAAAACCCAAUUCCAAUGAAGUUGGGAAAAUGUGUAAAUCGUAAAUAAAAACAGAAUACAAUGAUUUGUAAAUCCUCUUCAACCCAUAUAAAUUAGAUAUACCACAAAGACAAGAUAUUUAAUGUUCAAACUGAUAAACUUUAUUGUUUUUUGCAAAUAAUCAUUAACUUUAAAAUUUGAUGGCAGCAAUACAUGACAAAGAAGUUGGCAAAGGUGGCAAAAAAUACUGAGCAAUUUGAGGAAUGCUCAUGAAACACCUAUUUGGAACAUCCCACUGGUGAGCAGGCUAAUUGAGAACAGGUGGGUGCCAUGAUUGGGUAUAAAAGCAGCUUCCCCAAAAAUUCUCAGUCAUUCACAAGCAAGGAUGGGGUGAGGUCCACCACUUGGUGAACAACUGCGUGAGCAAAUAGUCAAACAGUUUAAGAACAUUUCUCAAAGUACAAUUGCAAGGAAUUUAGGGAUUUCAACAUCUACGGUCCAUAAUAUCAUCAAAAGGUUCAGAGAAUCUGGAGAAAUCACUGCACGUAUGCUGCACAGCCGGAAACCAACAUUGAAUGCCCGUGACCUUCGAUCCCUCAGGCGGCACUGUAUCAAAAACUAACAUCAAUGUGUAAAGGAUAUCACCACAUGGGCUCAGGAUCACUUCAGAAAACCACUGUCAGUAAAUACAGUUCGUCACUACAUCUGUAAGUGCAAAUUAGAACUCUACUAUGCAAAGCGAAAGCCAUUUAUCAACAACAUCCAGAAACGGUGCCGGCUUCUCUGGGCCCAAGCUCAUCUAAGAUGGACUGAUGCAAAGUGGGAAUGUGUUCUGUGGUCUGACAAGUCCAAAUUGUUUUUGGAAAUAGUGGACGUCGUGUCCUCCGGGCCAAAGAGGAAAAGAACCAUCAGGACUGUUAUUGACACAAAGUUCAAAAGCCAGCAUCUGUGAUGGUAUGGGGGUGCAUUUGUGCCCAAGGCAUGGGUAACUUACACAUCUGUGAAGGCAGCAUUAAUGCUGAAAGGUACAUACAGGUUUUGGAGCAACAUGUGCUGCCACCCAAGCAACAUCUUUUUCAUGGACGCCCCUACUUAUUUCAGCGAGACAAUGCCAAGCCACAUUCUGCACGUGUUACAACAGCGUGGCUUCAUAGUAGAAGAGUGCAGGUACUCGACUGGCCUGCCUGCAGUCCAGACCUGUCUCCCAUUGAAAAUGUGUGACGCAUGAUUAAGUAUAAAAUACGACAAUGUAGACCCCGGACUGUUGAACAACUAAAGGUGGACAUCAAGCGAGAAUGGGAAAGAAUUCCACCUUCGAAGCUUCAACAAUUAGUCUCCUCAGUUCCCAAACGUUUAAUGAGUGUUGUAACAAGAAAAGGUGAUGUAACACAGUGGUAAACAUUCCCCUGUCCCAAUUACUUUGUCACGUGUUGCAGCCAUAAAAUUCUGAGUCAAUUAUUAUUUGCAAAAAAAUAAAGUUUAUGGGUUUGAACAUUGAAUAUCUUGUCUUUGUAGUGUAUUCAAUUGAAUAUAGGUUGAAGAGGAUUUGCAAAUCAUUGUAUUCUGUUUUUAUUUACGUUUAUCACGAUUUCCCAACUUCAAUGGAAUUGGGUUUUAGAAUGGACGCCGUCUGCCUUCUGGGUGAAGCCACCAUUAGAACAGCACACUCUGGUGAUGGGCUGCAGUAUAGAUCAUAAAUCCCGCUUCCUCCAGCCAUCCUUAUAGAGCUGUGGACAAACUUUAGAAAUGUAUUACACAGAAUAUAAUUUUUUCUUCCUCCUGCUUGCGAUGUUGACAUGUAGUUACUGUUAGACUGGUUUGUGUUCAAGUCCUCUUUUUUCUGUACAGCUCAAUUUUUGAAAGUUAUCAGGGGGUUCAUGUUUUAUAUGAUUGACACUUCAUACAGUCUAUGAGCGUACGAAGAUUGUGUAGCUCACCCGGGGGAUACGCUGUUUGAGCUGAGCGUCAUCACAGCGACUAUUGGUGACUCUCCUGCCAAAUGCAUAUAAUGCGUAAUAUCCAAAUAUUUAGGAGAUGGGCAUCUAAGCUGGGCGUGGCAGGGGGAGGGCGCAGUGACAUUUUCGUGCUCGCCAGUGGCGUGUAAAAUGCGCUGAAAGCUCGCCGAUUCAAACCUGGUCAGCUUUCAGCGCAGGCGGAGCGCAGCUGGUCUAGUAGUAUUUUGGUAGACCAGCGGCGUAUCGGUAUACAUCACUGAUGCCUCACCAGCAGGCUUCCACAGUGUCAGGCACAUUUCAGUGUAAUAAAUAAUCAUCAACAACUAUUAAUCUGAGUCAGCACAUACAUUUAGAUCUAUAUAGAUAUAUUCUGAUCUAUAUCUGAUCUGAUGAGCGCAUUUGGCACUCGUUUGGACACACAACCUAACCGCGCAGCUCGACCUGGACAUGUCUCCGUGUCCUCUCUCCGUCCUGCUGCAGCUGCUGCGGCUGAACAGAUUAUUUGUUUCAGUGCUCAGAUGAGUUAUUUACUUUAAGCCUACAUACGGAUAUUAUAAUGUUCAGUUUUGUGAGCCAAAUUUAUUUUAUAUGCCAACAUCUAUGAAAGAAAGAGCCAGGCCACGGAGCACGAUGCGUCAUUUACGCACAGGUGGUUCCGGUUUCAAUGCCAUUUUUGGAGUUUAUGUUGUGAUCUGUGCGCUCAACCCACCUUUGUCACGUGAGGUUUGAAUAUGUGCAACUUUAUGUGAGUGUCUUUAUUUGUGGAAAAGGGUGUUUGUCUUACCAGUGGUUCCAAUGUUACACACACCAAAUCCAUCUGUGCUCAUAUAAGAGAGUGUGGAGAAAGCCCAAUGCAGCGCUUACAGUGACACUAGUUGGAAAACUGCCUUCUGUCGCCAUUGUGUGGCAUUAAUGUCUUCAGACAUCUCUUGAUCUCUUUGACUACUUCCUCGAAAAUAGUAAUACGCCUCGCUGGUGGCGGAUUUAAAGGCGAGGAGAGGAGCUGAUGUGAUUGGUGAAAACAGGUCUCGGCUGUGCUAAACCCACUUCACGCCCUCUCUCCUCCCUCGCAACAACUUACGCCACUGGGAGGAGCUGAGUUAGGGAGGGGGGAUUCUUACGCCGGGCUGCACCACUCACCAAAAUACCAAAUUGUGCUUGGGAACGCCUUGUCGGUGCGGCAGACCUGACUUACGCCGCGCCUGCGGCACGUCUCCGGCGAGGCACGAAAAUAGAGCCCAUGAAGUCAAAAAACGAGCAUAAAAGUCCACCAUUUUAAGUUAGAGGACUAAUAAAGUCAUCAUAGUAGUUCUGGGGUAAGUUGAGCCAGUGGCUCAGCUGAGAAAGAAAAGGAGUCUAGUGAGAGGAUCAGAGUUUUAGUUCAGUUUGUUGAAAUGUGUUACUUUUUCUUUUCAAAAAUACAGUUGUGAAUGUUCUGAAUCUCUCAAAGGCAUUCUCAUGUUAAAAUGUUUUUUUUUUUUUUUUUUUUUCACAAAACAGCUUUUUAAGCAGUUUCAUGCAAUUAUGAUAAAAAGAGUUAUUGUACCAGUUGAAUAGCGUAUAAUACAUAAAAAUGCACAUGUAUGUGAAGGAGUGGCUGUGAUUUAGGGAGAGAGAAGGUGAGGGAGGGCUGGAGAGUGUGUGUGUGUGUGUGUGUGUGUGUGGGGGGGGGGGGGGGGGCUCUACUCUGCACCAGUACUGUGCUCAAACUUUCCAGCCUUUUUUCCUCCUCCUCCUCAGCAUCCACUAGGGCUCCAGCAAGGGGUUCAGGAUGUUAUCCUGAUGUCACCCUUCAAAUUUUACCCUUUCAUAAUCACUGCAUGUAAAAUGAAAAGGUGUGAUCAGGUUAGUUAGAUACCAAAUACAAUAUGCUGCUGAUGCUGCAGUAAAAAUUUCAACCAAAAACCAGGUGGGAAUUGUCUCGCUGAAAUAUUUUCAUUUGGUCUUACAUUAAGUUGAAAAUGUUUUUGAUAUACUGCUGUAAAGACCAACUAGUCAUUCUUGGACCUGAUUGUGUUUGUAUGUGUAGUCUUGGACUGUGGAAGGUGGUGGCGAAGUUCGAGAGUAACCCACAGCAAAGUUUUUCUGCAGAGUUUGAGGUCAAAGAAUAUGGUGAGUCACUCAUUAGUAACCCUUCACCCAAAACAUUUAUCUUCACUUUGGCUGGUGCGCAUAAAAAUAUAUUCAAUUUUCAGUGCUGCCCAGUUUUGAGGUUAAACUCACAUCUGAGACCUCCAUCUUCUACCUGGAUGAUCAUGAGCUCAACAUCAACAUUGAAGCUAAGUGCGUGAUUGUUUUUGUUUUGUGGAUUAAGAGACUUCAGAGGUGUGUAAUGAAACCAGUUUAGUUGGUAAGCCAGGUAUCCUUAGCCUUAACUCAGAGUUUCCAGUGUCACAAAGAAAGAUAAUUGCUAACAUGACCAGGUGCUUUGAAAUGUUGAAAAUGUCUGUGCUUUGGGUUAUGUGUUCUUGUAUGUGCUGAGCUACUGCACUUCUAAUUUUAAACAUUUUUUUUCUCCUACUUUGAUUCAUUAUUAACAUGUCUGUUUAAUUUUUAGCUAUCGCUUUGGCGAAUGGGUUGAUGGGACAGCCUAUGCAGUAUUUGGGGUUGUGCAUGAUGGUCAGAAGAAAAGCUUCCGCAGUUCUAUUCAGAGACUAAUGGUGAGCUGACUGUGAUGGAAAACAAGAAAACAUUACACAUGCAGAAAAAAAAUAGUGCACCAGGAAACAUCUCUGUUCUCUUUUGGAGACAGGAAAAACUGUAGUUGCAGGUGGUGGGAUUGAAUUAAGUCUUGAUGUAAAGUCAGCGACAAGAUUAGAUGCGCUGUAAGGAUCAAUUAGAUUUUCAUCAUGACAAACAAGAUUGUUGUAGCCAAUAAGAAAUUUGUUACCAACAUGAUGCCAGUCAUCUUGGCCAUUUUGUUGGGAAACUGGGCAGAAACAAAACAGACUGUAGGCUUUACAUUGCUUCAGAUGGGGAAAAACCUGCCACAUAAUUGUCACUAUAUGAAAGUCUAAUUAAAAUAUUAAUGUCAAUUAGAUUUAUGCUCUGUUGAGAAGUUUGUCAGAGCUUUAAUUUGCCAUUGGCUUUUUGUUUUAGAGCUAUAUGCAAGACACACCAUAUACAUGUUUUAAGUAUGCAGUGCACUGCAUACUUACUGGCUAAUACUAACUGGCUAUUCAGGCAUGUGAUGCAUAAGCCAGCUUGACUUUUAUCAAACUUACUGAAAUAUUGUGAAUUUUGAUUGGUGCAUUUAAUGUCAUUUCAGUCAUAAUUGUUAGCGACAAAUGCUGGUUGUUAUUCUGCUCACCUCAGUCUCUGCUUUCUGGUCAAUACAGUACUUUGACGAGUUUCAAACAUUGUAUGGAUCAUGGGCUGAGUCAUUUUGCAAAAAAGAAGGGGGGGGGGUGGGGGGGGUUAUGACAUGCUGGUGAGUUUGUGGAAAUUUACAUGAUAAUGUGAAUUAACAUGUAAAUGUUAAUAUACAUCAAGCAAGCCGCGUCCACAAACAGACACUCCUGCUCAGUGACGUGCGGUGAGGUUCAUAGCUGGUGAGGCACUGACGUCAUCAGAAUCAGAUUUGCAAAUAGAUGCAUAGAUUGACAGCAGUUUACAGGUUAUGUUUCACUUCUGCAUCCUUACACAUACAAACUGUAGCUCACAAAACACACAUUUCCUUAAAAAACAAAACAAAAUAAAUGUUAUUACUGUCUUACCUUUACGUAUAAAUGAAGUCCAUGCGUCGCUCCUUCUGCACAAAAACAUCCGUCACUUUGCGAUAGAAGUCCUCCUUAUCUUCCUUCAGUUUUUAAAGUCUCUCUGUCUCAAUGGAGAUCACUGCCAGGGAAGAAAGCCUUCCUUGAUCCGUCCUGUUCCUGCUGUAUGUUUUCAGUCUCUUCAGGGCUGAGAAUGACCGCUCCACUGACGCUGUAGUAGCUGGCACCGUGAGCACGAGCUGGAGCAACUUUGUCGCCUCAGGAACAGUUACAACAAGAUCCUUCUCGGCCAAAAAGUUGAGAAGCUGUCCAGGAGAUUUGCAUUCAUCCCUCACCGUUUUUGAGCUAUACAGUCCAAUGAGAUCGGCCUUCAGUCUGACAAAGUCAAAAAACUUGGCAUACUUUUGACAGUCUGAAACAAACCUUUCAGCUCCGGCGUUGGUCUUCCUUUGGUUAUUAUCUCCUGCUUCGAUUGAAAGUCCACUUGAGAAAACUUUUUUAGUGUUGUAAUGUAGUCAUCCAUGUCGAAAGUCGGGAUAAGCGAGAGGAAAAAAAUCACUAUCUCUAUUAUAAUCUAUCGCUGCACUUGACUUGCUUCCCGAAUCGUUUAGCCUAGCUCGCUGUCACUUACUCGGCAGUUGAGGAGUGAACAAGACGAACGUCUGGGAUCUUGAGCACCCCCUGCCAUGAGGCAAGAGAACUGCCUGCCUCACCUCGAACCUGUUCUCUGCCGUUUAUAAUCGCUCAUUACACGAAACACGUUACACAAACACAGUUGGUGACAAAAAGCACUGUACAUUAUAUACAUAAGCUAAAUUAUUGGAAAUAAGUUCACAUAUUAAAUUUGUUUAAACCAUUUUAUUGACGCCGUACAGCAACAUGCUCUCUCCGCUUAGCAGCCAGCGCAGAGCCAGGGGUUGCGCAAUCCAAGGUGAGGCAGAGCUCGCUGCUGCCUCACCGGCAUCGCUUCCAAGCAUUUGAAUGGGAAAAUAAGAAAAUUCAGCGAUUUUGAACAAAUAAAAAUCGAAAUUGGUGAAGCUACAUGAAAAUUAAAUAUUUUUUAGUACAAACCACCGGAUGAAUAUAACAAUUUAAAUUACUUUAUGAUUAUAUAUUUUCUUUCUUUCCAUGAUGGCUGGUGAGGCACUGCCUCACCUGCCUCCCCUGACCGCACGUCACUGCUCCUGCUCGCUCGUAUCGUUAUAAUUAAAUUCAGGAAUAAUGCAGAUAAAUACUUCAGAUACAAAUGGCGCCCAGUCAAGGUGAAAGUAAAAAGCAGUGGUGCUACUGUAGAUGCCAACAGACUACCAGCAAACACAAUGUUUGCAGGACUUCUAUAACUAGGAUAAAGUGACGUACUCCAGGACCUGAGGUAAACAGUUCAGUGGCGCUACAACAGACAAUAGGUCUUGUUUGACAAGAAACACUUCUGUUACAGACACUUGGCUUACUUUGUUAAAGCAGUUUACCUGUCCAGCAGAAAGGUUACAGGGACCGUAAGAUCCCAAGGCCUCCCCCAUCAUUUCAUUGAUGUUGACCCAGCUUUUUAGCUCUUAUCCGGGUGGUCUACCUCCUUUUUAAGUGCCUGUUAUUCUGACAGAGUCUCUGAUAUUAACUCUGUUUUCUUGCUUGUGUUGGUGGUCGUGGCCAAAGGAGGAUUCAGACAAUUUUCCGUACUUUCUGGUUGGUUUCUACUGUCUGAUAUUGUAGCAUGCUAACUUUGUUUGGGCUCAUGGACGACACAGGGAGCAGCGUCUGCCUUGCAACCAAUCAGGUUGGGGGAGGCAGAGAAUGGCUUUGUUUACAGUCAGCAAAAGCAGGCAGCUCAAAAAUUUUAGAAUGUUGACUACACAGUCAUAACAAAACACAGCGAUAUCGUUUUAUUACCAAAUUUCAUCAAUUACUAAUAACUAGUUACUGAUAUUAAAAGCUUUUUUGUAUAUACACCACAAAAAAGUUGCUUCUUCAACAAAAUCCUGCCUACCCCACCUUUAAGUCAGUGAUUUGAUUUGAUUUAAAUCUCCCAAUAUAUUGUGAUAACAACAUUUCUGCAAGGCAGGAAAAGGGCUUUUUUAAUAACAGAAAGGGUUCAGCAACCAUAAUUCCUCUGUUUUUCAAGCUGUGUUUAAAUCACCCAUCACAUUAGAUUCAGAAGGGUCAUGGAGAAGCGACACUGAAGAGAGAGCACAUCACACAAGUCUUCAGUAAUAUCGUUGACCUGGAGGGAAGGCAGAUGUACGUGUCUGUCACUGUGCUAACAAAGAACGGUACGAGAGAGAGAGAGACUGUGUGUGUAUGUGUGUGUGUGUGUGUGUGUGUGUGUGUGUGUGUGUGUGCGUGUGCGUGUGUGUGUGUGUGUGUGUGUGUGUGUGUUUGCUUACUUGUGCAUGUGUGUAAUGUGAAAAGAACCUUUAUCACAAGAGUCCAUCGGUCAUCAGUGGCUCAGAUUCUAAAGUACAAACAAGUCAACUUAUUUUGUGACUCAAUGCAGUGAUUUUGGCUACUUUUUGAAAUAGUAAAAUUUCAGGUUUUAUUUGCUUAUAUAAAAAGGGGAACAAUUUGACUGUUUCAAACACAUGCCUUUAACAGGUGGUGAGAUGGUGGAGACAGAGCUGAAUGGCAUCAAGAUAGUCAGGUCACCUUACACCAUUAACUUCAAGAGAACACCAAAAUAUUACAAACCAGGACUUUACCUUGAUGUAAUGGUAAUGUAUCUAUUUUUAUUUACAGUUGCAUUUUGAAAUGAUGACAGUAGCAGUUAAUGCUUUAGAAAAUAUUAUAAAAGGUUUCAAUAUGAUUUACGUAUUACUGCUUUUUUGUAAACACUGAACUGAGGAACACAUCACUGGCAAAGUCAUAACUUUUGUUCUGAUCAGCAGCAGUUUGCAGAUGACAUAAGUAUCUUGAUUACCAUUCAAGUUUGCAUUUCGCUACACCUAAAGAUUAUUUUUGAUGGUCUCACUUUACAUGUCACUAUUGGCAGAUUGAAGUUUUGAAUCCUGAUGGUACUGCAGCACGUGGUGUUCACGUGGUGAUGGAUCCAGGUGGCUUGGAGGGUGUUACUGAUUAUAAUGGAAUCGCAGAGCUUCUCAUCGAUACGCCAAAAAAUCCUGAACCAUUAACCGUCACAGUAUGUUUUUUGUCAAAAACUUAUUAAUCAGCAUUAAGUUGCUCAUGAAAACAUGUGCAUAAGCAAAACAUUAACUACUUGAGGUACUUCUUGUGUUUUAAAAUGCAAUGCUGAGCUCAUUUUAUCUCUGAGAUUUAUCUCUUACAACAGCUUACAUACUGUUUUACCUUUUCACUUUUAAUUGUAGGUAAGAACAAUGGAUCAUCGUAUUGAAAGAGGAAGACAGGCUACACAGGCAAUGGUAGCUCUUCCAUAUAGAACCAGAAGCAACAAUUACAUGGACAUAGGUGAGAAACACACAGCAUUCAGUGAUUCAAGUCAGCAGUUAAAGUGUUGAUAGCAGAGCUCUACUACCAUGAACAAGGCCUCCUUAAGUAUUUGGUUCUGAUGAAGGAAUGUGCUUACUACAGGUGUGAGCAGAAAUGUGGUUGAGUUAGGUGAGAGCCUAAGGAUAUCUCUGGUCGCCAGUGCACCAAAGUUUGAAAUCACAUACCUGGUUAGAGGUGUUUUGCAGUGUUUGUGUACAUAUUUGCUCACAUAUUUGUGUUGUUUUGGCAAAAUACUGAAGAGUAAAUCUGUCCACAGAUCUUGAGCAGAGGUCAGCUGAUUCGUUAUGACCGUAUACCAUUUCCUAGAAGCCUCCUUAUUUCAAAGAUGAUUUCCAUCACCGAAGACAUGCUGCCAUCAUUCCGCAUUAUAGCCUAUUAUCACACAGACAAUAAUGAAGUGGUAUCAGACUCUGUUUGGGUAGAUGUCAAGGACAACUGUAAAUACCCGGUGAGGCAUGCAACCUUAAAGUAACAAUAUCUUACUUUUGAAAUUGAUAAAAAAAACUAUCUAACCACAAAAUACCAUAGUUAAAUGCAAGCAUAAAUACACGCAAAAUGUACUCUGCUGCUAUAACAAAUUCAGAGCUGGUCUUUCUUCUUCUCAAGUUUAAUCUAGAAAGAACAACUGGUGAGCGGCUUUAUACUCCUGGAUAUGGAUUUGAUCUGAGGAUUACAGGAAACCCAGGGGUAAGAGUGGCAGUUGUGGCAGCUGACAAAAGGUUCUCCUUCCUGAACAACAAGCUCCAUCUCACCCAGAAAAAGGUAAUUUCUUUGUGCAUUAUUUUUCUUGAAGUUGUUUGAAAAAGCCCCAGUACUAUUAAAGCCUGUCAGUCCAAGAGCAAACUUUUGUAAGUAGAAUAUAUGUUCUCUUUCGUUGUGAGUUUGCCUCAUGUUAGUCUUAUUUCCUCCCAAAAUACUUUACAGAGAUAUAACAUUUCAUAGUUUUAAAGGUCUCCUUCAAUGAAAAAACACAUUUUCCUUCAUGUAUAUAUUAAUGGAACCUUGAGAAUGCAGAAGCAAAAAAAGCCUUUGCAGCCUAUUGGAAAAGUGUAGCUUUCAUGGGGGGGUUAAUGAUGUCAGGAGGAGAGUAAUUUAUAUCUGAAAUCAUAUCACUCCUCCAGCAUUUACACAUACACUUUGCAGUAGUCUAUCUGUGUAACAUUCACCCUUGCACCUUCAAAUACCUUGUUGGUGAAGAUAAGAGAGAACAGCUGGAUAGUUUGGUGCAAGAGUGAAUGUCCUUACACACCAGGCGCGAAUUCGCCAGGCGAAUAAUUCGCCUUUAUUCGCCUUUUUUUAAAACAGCAUAAAGUCAAUGCAAGCUUCCACACCGGCUGCGAUUUUUCCACAGGGCGAAAAGCCUCUUUUAUUUUUUCACUCUUGUGUCGAAUUUUUCUGAGAUUCGCAGGCGAAUAUCUGGACCUGCUAGACCUCUGGCCAAUCAAAAGUCAUGUUGUUGAUGACGCCACAGACCCAUGUGGCUGCAGUUCACACGACACACACCACCACUGGGGGAAGAGUGUGUACCACAGAGUGGUCACCCAGUGUGUAACAGCGAAAGCGAUUUUUCGGACCGGCUGAUAUUUCCGCAUUUUCGUCUCGCUUUUUCGCUUCCCUCACAAAUUCGCUGGUGUGUAAGGACCUUGACUGUUUUUUAAGCUGAUAUUUUUAGUCUGACACUGCAGUGAGGGGUAAGGUCACCCAUAUUGGUUUGUUUCUUCAUGUGGCAUAAGAAGUCAAAAGAAUACCUGGGUAAAAUAGAAAAAUGCCAUUUAUUACUGUCAUUCCUGUGAAUUUAACUUCACAAAUGUGUAUUAUUUGGUUUUACAACUUUGACUAAUUUUCACCCUCCUCAGUUGUGGGACACUGUAGAAAAGUUUGACACAGGCUGCACACCAGGUGGAGGAAAAGACAGUAUGGGGGUGUUCUAUGAUGCUGGACUGUUGUUCGAAUCUAGUACCUCUGGGACUCCUCACAGACUAGGUGAUAAAUCCUUCACCCUGACUCUUUCUUCCCUUACUGCUCUCAUUUUGUACAAGUAUUUUCUGACUUUUACGUCUCAUUAUUAGGCUUAGCAGCAAUCAAUCAAUCAAUCACACUUCAUCAAUAAAGCACUUUUUAUAAAAGCCAAAAGCAUUUCAAAGUGCUUUCCAGAGAUUAAAACAGAACUACUAAAAGUAAUAAUAAAACAAUAAUGACACACACGCGCACACACACACACAGACACACACACACACACACACAGACACACCCACAAUGGUGUGAAAAAAUAUUUGUUUUUGCAUAUUUGCCACACUUAAAUGUUUCAGAUCCAAAAUGCAGUUUUUAAAUAAGGUUUUUAUUAUUACAGGAGAAAAAAUUACACACCUGCGCGGCCCUGUGUGAAAAGGUGAUUGCCCCCUAAUAACCUAACAACUGGUGGGGCCAUCCUUAGCAGCAACAACUGCAAUCAAGCGUUUGUGAUAAUUUGCAACAACUCUCUUACAGCGCUGUGGAGGGAUUUUGGCCCACUCAUCUUUGCAGAAUUAUUGUAAUUCAGCCACAUUGGAGGGUUUUCAAGCAUGAACCCCCUUUUUAAGGUCAUGAUACGGCAUUUCAAUAGGAUUCAGGUCAGGACUCUGAUUAGGCCACUCCAAAGUCUUCAUUUUCUUUUUUUUUCAGCCAUAUAUAUAUAUAUAUAUAUAUAUAUAUAUAUAUAUAUAUAUAUAUAUAUAUAUAUAUAUAGACACACACACACACACAUAUACACUCACCGGCCACUUUAUUAGGUACACCAUGCUAGUAACGGGUUGGACCCCCUUUUGCCUUCAGAACUGCCUCAAUUCUUCGUGGCAUAGAUUCAACAAGGUGCUGGAAGCAUUCCUCAGAGAGCUUGGUCCAUAUUGACAUGAUGGCAUCACACAGUUGCCGCAGAUUUGUCGGCUGCACAUCCAUGAUGCGAAUCUCCCGUUCCACCACAUCCCAAAGAUGCUCUAUUGGAUUGAGAUCUGGUGACUGUGGAGGCCAUUUGAGUACAGUGAACUCAUUGUCAUGUUCAAGAAACCAGUCUGAGAUGAUUACAGCUUUAUGACAUGGCGCAUUAUCCUGCUGAAAGUAGCCAUCAGAAGUUGGGUACAUUGUGGUCAUAAAGGGAUGGACAUGGUCAGCAACAAUACUCAGGUAGGCUGUGGCGUUGCAACGAUGCUCAAUUGGUACCAAGGGGCCCAAAGAGUGCCAAGAAAAUAUUCCCCACACCAUGACACCACCACCACCAGCCUGAACCGUUGAUACAAGGCAGGAUGGAUCCAUGCUUUCAUGUUGUUGACGCCAAAUUCUGACCCUACCAUCCGAAUGUCGCAGCAGAAAUCGAGACUCAUCAGACCAGGCAACGUUUUUCCAAUCUUCUAUUGUCCAAUUUCGAUGAGCUUCUGCAAAUUGUAGCCUCAGUUUCCUGUUCUUAGCUGAAAGGAGUGGCACCCGGCGUGGUCUUCUGCUGCUGUAGCCCAUCUGCCUCAAAGUUCGACGUACUGUGCGUUCUGAGAUGCUCUUCUGCCUACCUUGGUUGUAACGGGUGGUUAUUUGAGUCACUGUUGCCUUUCUAUCAGCUCGAACCAGUCUGGCCAUUCUCCUCUGACCUCUGGCAUCAACAAGGCAUUUCCGCCCACAGAACUGCCGCUCACUGGAUAUUUUUUCUUUUUCGGACCAUUCUCUGUAAACCCUAGAGAUGGUUGUGCGUGAAAAUCCCAGUAGAUCAGCAGUUUCUGAAAUACUCAGACCAGCCCUUCUGGCACCAACAACCAUGCCACGUUCAAAGUCACUCAAAUCACCUUUCUUCCCCAUACUGAUGCUCGGUUUGAACUGCAGGAGAUUGUCUUGACCAUGUCUACAUGCCUAAAUGCACUAAGUUGCCGCCAUGUGAUUGGCUGAUUAGAAAUGAAGUGUUAACGAGCAGUUGGACAGGUGUACCUAAUAAAGUGGCCGGUGAGUGUAUAUAUAUAUAUAUAUAGUAGUUGAAACCAGAAGUUUACAAACACUGUAUAUUUUGUUCUCACCAUCUAUUUUUUGAAAUCAUAAUAGACUUUUCCUGUUUUUGGUCAAUUAGGAUUAUCAAAAUUACUUUUGUUUGCUAAAUGCCAGAAUAGUGAGAGAGAGAAUCUUUUAGACAUUUUUUUUAUUACUUUCUUGGGAGUCAAAAGUUUACAUACACUAAGAUGACUAUGCUUUUAAACAAUCUGGGAAAGCCCAGAUGAUAGUGUCAUGUCUUUGGAAGCCUCUGAUAGGUUAAUUGACAACAUUUGAGUUUACUAUAAGGGAAACCUGUGGAUGUAUUUUAAGGCACACUUGAAACAUACUGUUUCUUUGUAUAACAUUGUGGGAAAAAUCAAAAGAAAUCAUCCAAGAUAUCAGAAAAAGAAUUGUGAACCUACACAAGUCUGGUUCAUCCUUGGGUGCAAUUUCCAGAUGCCUGAAGGUGCCACCUUCAUCCGUUCAAACAAUUGUACGCAAGUAUAAACACCAUGGGCAUGUCCAGCCAUCAUACCACUCAGGAAGGAGACAGGUUCUGUGUCCCAGAGAUGAACAUGCUUUGGUCCGAAAUGUGAAUAUCAAUCCAAGAACAACAGCAAAAGACCUUGCAAAGAUGCUGGCUGAAGCUUGUAAGAGUAUGUCAUUAUCAGCGGUGAAAGGAGUCCUGUACUGAUAUGGGCUGAAAGGCCACUCUUCCAGGAAGAAGCCAUGACUCCAAAAAAAACCCAUAAAAAGCCAAGGGGAAGCUUGGUAGCCUGAAAACACCAUCCCAACUUUGAAAUAUGGGAGUGGCAGCAUCAUGUUGUGGGGUUCUUUUGCUGCAGGAGGGACUGGUAUACUGGCAUCAUGAGGAAAGAACAUUAUGUGGAAAUACUGAAGCAAUAUCUCAAGACAUCAGCCAGGAAGUUAAAGCUUGAGCGAAAAUGGGUUUUCCAAAUGGAAGAUGACCCCAAGCAUACUGCCAAACUUGUUACAAAGUGGCGUAGGGAUAACAAAGACAAUGUUUUGAAGUGGCCAUCACAAAGCCAUGAUCUCAGUCCUAAUGAAAAUUUAUGGGUCGAACUGAAAAGGUAUGUGCAAGCAAGGCGGCCUAGAAACUUGGCUCAGUUACACCAUUUCUGUCAGGAGAAAUGGGCCAAAGUUCCUGCAAACUAUUGUGAGAAGCUUGUGGAAGCAUAUCCAAAACAUUUGACCCAAGUCAUACAGUUUAAAGGCAGUGCUACAAAAUACUAAUGAAAUGUAUGUAAACUUUUACUCAUGAGAAAGUAAUAAAAAAUGUAAAAAAAAUUUCCUUCUCUUAUUAUUCUGGUAUUUAGCAAAUAAAAAUAAUUUAGGUAAUCCUAAUUGACCAAAAAUAGAAAAAGUUGAAUCUGAUUUAAUGUUAGAUGGUGAGAAAAAGGGUUAUGUGCCUUUUUAAUUUAUGUAAACUUCUUGUUUCAACUGUAGAUAUACAUAUAUGUAUAAAUGCAUGGUGCAUGUUAUUAGCUGCUUUACUUUCACAAUGCCAAGGUGACCCCUCAAAAACAACGAACACACUUACAGCUGGCAUAUUUAAAACUAUAAAAACGGUAUUUCCUGUCAGAAAACAAAGCAGACAGGGGUCAUCAUAAGGAGUACCUGAAUGCUUUAAUAUGAUUUUGGUGUUUCUGCAAUAAAUUGUUUGGAAAUUUUUGCAAGUUGUAAACAGGGGUCCCUUCUGUUUUUCACUGAAAGUCUUUGUAUUAGCGUCAAUGAGGAGCAGAGACUUAGAGGCUCAGUAUUUAAAUUCUGUAAGCCUCCCUGCUUAGACGAUCACAUCAUUAUAGACAGAACAAGUGUGUCUACAACUGUGGACAAAAGAAAGUGUUAUUUGUGGCUGGUAGGAGUGUGGAGAGAGAAAAGUUUCAGACAAUUUCAUGCAACCUUGCCCACUCUGGCCCAUGAUGUCACCUAUUCUGACGCAAUACAUGCCCAUUAUAACCUAAUUUCUCAUUUCUCUAAAUAUGAUCAUGGUCAUUAAAGAGUGAGUGUUCAAAAACUACAAUACCUAUCAAAAUAAGACUUGUGUCUACAUUUCAAAGUUUAAAUGCAGUCUCUAAGUGAAAGUAUGCUGGAGUGAUAAACGUUUGAAAAACUCCAAUAAUUGUUCUUUAUUUUACUUGUCCCAUCGACAAAACCUAACCCUAAUCAGUGAUGUGGCAGCAGCUAUAGCCUCAGUUUAUUCUAAUGGACUCAAUGUAAUACAAAAUAUAUUCUCCAUUUCCAGAUCUUAAGUGUGCUGACCACAGCAGGUGGAAACGAGCCAGCACUGUGUGGGACUUGACCUGGGGUAAGUAUCAAAGCUAAAUUGCUUAACAGUGACACAUUCUUCAGUGUGUUUGGGUGAUGUAUGGCAGGUAGCGAGUGACAGAAGAGAAUACUCGGUGAGAAGUGAUUUUAACCCUGUAAAAGAUGACUAUCAAUAUGUAUAAAUGUCUACAUAAAUACAGAAUUUAAACUGAAAUUGAAGUUUGAUUUAAAUUAUUCUGAACUAUCAAAGUUCACUACAGCAUAAAGUACAGAAGUUAUCUAUAGCCAAUCAAAAAUAUGUUAUUUACUAAUGCCCUAGAAUUGUUUUUACUUUGUUCAUAAUAAUACAAAUACACAUACUCUGAAAUACCAACUCACUGACACACACAUACACACAGAGAAGAAGAGAAAGUAGACACAGGACCAUGACUGUGUCUCAAUUCAGGAUCUGCACACUGGGCAGUGCAUGCAUAUUUGCAGUGUGUGCAAUGUCAUCACACAGCGCUAAGGGUGUCCCAUUUUGCUUGUGAUUCCAAAGGCCCUCAAAAUGCAGUCCCAAAACCACCCUGCCCCCGCCCCUUCUUCAAGCGUGCAUUUAUGCAAACUUUGUGGCCUUGGAAUCCCCAGAAUUCUUUGCGAGCCACUGCAAAGGUGUGCAUUUUGGGUGAGACAUCAGAUUAGCUUGGAGAUGCAGCAUUUGUUCAAACAAAAGAAAGAAAAUCAAAAAACACAGUCAGUCAGCUCAGGCUCCAUUAGCUCAUGCUCUUUACUCACUCAAAUCUGCAGCUGCAAACCAAACAUUAGACUCUUCAGAAAAGAACUGAUCCUUUAUGCUACCACAAUCAAAAGCAUUAAUAAGAACAAACAAAAUUUAAAAAAAGCUACCACAACAGGGUGUGCAGUUGGCCGGGUGAGUUAGCAUGCCCCAUGGGGACCACGGUCCCAGUAGCACAUGGUCGUGGGCUCGAAUCCAGCCCCAACCAUGUGCUGCAUGUCCUACACCCUCUCUCUCUUUCUCCCCACAUUUCACCCUGUCCUGUCAAUAAAAAGGCUAAAAUCACCCAAGAAAAAAAAAACUAAAGAAACAACAACUUGUCAUUGGUUGUAUAUAGUAACUCCUGUGUGCUGUAGUACGUAGUAUGUAUUGUUUUGUGUCUUUGUCUAUGUUUUUGUUUUUUUUGUAUGUGUAUUGUCUGUAUGCAAGGUCACACAAUUAAAAAAAAUGCUGCACUCUUUUCUUCAAGUCAGUCGUGAUGUGGGCCUGAGGGUGGGGACAUUUGGCAAUUCAACCAAGAAUUCUUCCAGAGGGUAGACCGUCCCAAUUCACAAAAGUUGAUCCACCUUAUGCAAGGUGUGCGAGGCACACACACAGGGUGCAUACAGGACAGUGCACUAGGCAGUGCACCCGGCAUUGUGCAGACCCUCAAUUGAGACACAGCCCAUGUAAACAUGCCCUAAUGAUGGUAUUUCAGAGCGGGGGGCUGCACAUAAAAAGAGGAUGGGGGUACUGUGUCUCAUUCUAAUGCUGUAUUCACACCAAGCACAAAUAAAAAGAAAAUUACUUGCUUAAUUGGUUGUAUCUGGACACACAAUCAAUGUGUGUUUACUCACUUUAAAACCAAGUUGCAUCCUAUAACUUAGGAGGUCACAUACCAUCGCAAUUGGUUUAUGUAAUAUAUUGUUGUGGGGAAAUAACUCAGACUGAGACUUGACCGAGCGUGGAGAGCGGGACUUUAUCUCAUGUAGACAAAAGCACGUAACAUACACACGUUACUGAACGUCAUAACUCUAUAUAACCACAAGUGGGCAGUGUCCUAUAAUGGUAUCUUGUCAAUACACUACACUCCUCCCCUUUAAACUUUAACCCCCAAACUCCAAAUACUGCAAUUAGCUUAGAAAUACGGUAACAGACAAUUUACUUCGUAUAACUUAAAGAGUCUUCUUCAGUAAAUUAAACGGUGUUGUCUCAUUCAUUUUUUUUUCAAACUCCAGCUGCUCAUAAGCAACAGUUAACUUCACUUUUACUAAUAAUUAACUAUUCAGAAACAACUAGAAUAAUCAAAAGCACUUGAACCAAAAAAGGAUAUGGUUUCCUAGCUUUUCAAAAAGUCAGUCUUUUGGGUGGAGCCCGCAGACGCUCUGGAUAGCGGCGCUCAGUUUGUUGGGUGGUGACUGAGACAGCCACUGGCUCUGCUGGUUUCACUGGUGUACUGCUGUACUGGGCUGAAGAGUGUGUACAGGAUGCAGGGCUGAGUCUUUCAGGGAGAGUUGCAGGUUUCACCAGAGAGUGAGCUGGUGCUGGAGUAGCAAUCCUCCGCUCUGCCUCCUGGAUGCUGCUUCUUGGGUGUAGUGAAUCCAGAUCUGGUGUCCGGUAAGCAUCAUCACUUGAGCUGUUGUCAUCCACAGCUUUUUCAUGCAAGAGUAACAGGUGAUCAAUGUGAACUGUGCGUUCUCUCACACCAUCAUUUAUCAGGUAAGAAACAGGUCCAAGUCGUUUUACAACUGUCCCUCUCAUCCAUUUCUCCUUUCCCUCACGAAAAUUUCUCACAGACACCUGGUCACCCGCCGACAACUCUCUCAGCUUGGUCCUGCCUUUGUCAUGGUAUUUCUUCUGACUUUGUUGUUUCUCCUCAACAGUUCCAGCCAGACAUGGUUUCAGAAGACUAAAACGGGUCCUCACUUGACGUUUAAGAAACAACUCAGCUGGUAAACACCUGUUACAGUGUGCGGUGUGCUUCUGUACAUCAGUAAGAAAUUUGCCAGUCUAUGCUGCAAUGUAACAGAACCCUCAUCUUCCAACACUUGCUUCAUCAAUGCAGAUUUCACUGUCUGCACUGACCUUUCAGCUGCUCCAUUAGAAGCGGAUGAUACGCUGGGACCAAGGUUUGUUUGAUGCCAUUUCCUCUCAGAAACUGCUUAAAUUCACUUGAUGUGAAUUGAGGCCCGUUGUCUGAAACAACUUCCUCAGGCAGUCCAUAAGAUGCAAAAAUGUUGCGCAGAACUUCAAUAGUUUUAGCUGAUGUUGUGGUUGUCAUGGGAACCACCUCCAACCAUUUUGAAUGACUGUCAACAAGGACUAAAAAAUACUGUUUAUCUUUCUCACAAAAAUCUAUGUGUAUCCGUUGCCACACUCGCGUUGGCCAUUUCCAACAAUGCAGUGGAGCCGCUGCUGGUAGUUGUCUCACUGUCUGACAUGCAUUGCACUCUUUCACAGUUUUUUCAAUGUCUUUAUCCAGGCCGGGCCACCACAUGUAGCUCCUUGCUAAGGCUUUCAUGCGACACAUACCAGGAUGACCCUGGUGAAGAUCAUGCAGCAGCUUUGGUCUGAGAGCUGAGGGGACUACAACUCUCAUUCCCCAGAGGACACAUCCUUGUUCCACUGAUAGUUCAGUUCUUCUGAUAGAGAAUGGGUUGAGUGUCUCCUCCCUUGCAUGACUUGGCCAUCCAUUUAGAGUGAGCUCCCUAACUCGGCUAAGCACCGGAUCUUUGUUUGUGCUCUGUGCGAUGUCGCUGGCUUUCACAGGUAAAUCCUCCAUCAAAGAGAAAUAGAAGAUCUUUCCUUCCUCAGCAGUGCUGUCUCUGACUUUACUUGGCAACCGGGAGAGCGCGUCUGCAUUUGCAUGCUCUGCAGACUGGCGAUACUCUAUGUCAUAGUUAUAAGCCAUCAAUAUGAGCGCCCAGCGCUGCAUUCUCAAAGCGGCUAGUGUGGGGAUAGCUGACUUUGGGCCAAGGAUUGCCAAGAGUGGUUUAUGGUCAGUAAUGAGAGUAAAUUUCCUCCCAUACAGGUAUUUGUGAAACUUCUUCACUCCAAAAAUUAUAGAGAGGGCUUCCUUCUCUAUUUGAGCAUAUUUGCUUUCUGCCUCUGACAAUGUGCGAGAUGCAAAUGCUAUGGGCUUUUCUUCUCCAUUCUCCAUCACAUGAGAGAUAACAGCGCCGACACCAUAAGGCGAAGCAUCACAGGCUAGUUUCAGUGGCUUUCUGGUGUCAUAGUGAACUACUAGGGUGCUCUGCAGUAGUUGAUCUUUUGCACUGUUGAACGCAGCCUCACAUUCUACUGUCCAUUGCCAAACACUUUCACGUCUCAGUAAGUUAUGCAAAGGUUGAAGCUGCAUGGACAGAUUUGGCAUAAACCUGCCAUAAUAGUUCAGUAGUCCCAGGAAGGAACGAAGCUCUGUGACAUUUGUGGGACUUGGUGCGUUUACAAUAGAUUUCACCUUCUCUUCUGUGGGGUGAAGCCCCUCACUGUCAACCAUGUGUCCCAAAUAUUCCACUCUGUCUGCCAUGAACUUACAUUUUGCUUGCUUGACCUUUACAUUAUACUUUGCCAGGCGACUCAACACUUCCUCCAGUUUGCGCAGAUGUUCCUCUCUCGAACCAGCUGUGAUUAAGAUGUCGUCCAGGAAACAGGUCACAUGCUCUAUUCCCUGUAGGAUUUGGUCCAUCACUGCUUGGAAGAUGGACGGGGCACUUGAGACUCCAUAUGACAGUCGGUGGUAAGUGUACAGUCCUCGAUGUGUGUUGACUGUAAGGUACUUCUCUGAGUCCUUAUCCAACUCCAACUGCUGAUAGGCAUGUGAUAAGUCCAGUUUAGUGAACAGCUUGCCUCCAGCCAAUGUUGCAAAAAGAUCUUCUGUAUUGGGCAAAGGAUAAGUUUCCUCUUCCACACACUGAUUUAUGUUCACUUUGUAAUUUCCACAAAUCCGGAUUGAUUUGUCAGCCUUUGGCACAGUCACUAUGGGUGCAGCCCAUUCACUUUUGUCUGUUUUUGAUAUGAUUCCCAUAGCCUCUAAUCGGUCGAGUUCUUUUUCCACAGCCUCUUUUAGAGCAUAUGGCACUUGGUUGGCUUUUCUAAAUAUUGGCUGCGCACCUGGCCUCAUCUUGAUCGAAGCCUUGAACUCACGGAUGGUGCUAGGCCCUUCCUCAAACACUCCCUUGUGCCUCUGUAGGAUUGCUGCCACUUCUGGGUCAAUAGCUUCUCCUACUACUUUGACUUGGAAUAUUUCCUUCCAGUUCAGCUUAAAUUUCUUGAGCCAAUUUCUGCCCAGUAGUGCUGGUCGGUCGCCUUUCACAAUAACCAGUGGUACUUUGGCUGCUUGUUGUUCAUAUUCCACAUUCACCUCCACCUUCCCCAACACUGGGAUGCGUUCUCCAGAGAAAGUAGACAGCGGUAUUUUACAUGGGCUAAGUGGCAAGUGAGCGAGCGAUGUCUUGUAAGUGAUCUCUGAUACAAGAGACACACAUGCUCCUGUGUCCAACUGCAUCUGAAUGUUCUGGCCUUCAAUGUCCAUGUCAACCACAUAGCCAUCUUUACCAUCUGAAGUUGUGUAUACUACGUACAGUCCAAACAAGUGUUCAUUAUCCUCAUCCGCUGGGCUUGUUUCAGCCUCCUGUUCAACAUAAUGAGUCUUUUGUGGUGUCUUUUUAUUCCUGCACAUGCGUGCAAUGUGUCCCACUUUUGUGCAGUGGUGGCAUUUUUCCUGUUUAAAUCUGCACACAGCAGGUGGGUGUUUACCUCCACAUCUGUAGCAGGGCUGGUGUAGCUGUUGCUGCUUGUCAUCCACGCUGCUCUUGUGCCAGGAUGUACUCUUGCUGUAGCUUGUGUCACUUGAUUUUCUUUUGUCAUCUCUUUUUUUACUCUGGUUGAACACUUUAUUGACUGUUGCAUUCUCUUUAAUUUUUCCUGAGAAUUCCAAAGUGUUGCGUGAAGCCAUCUCCAUGGACAGUGCUGUGUCACAUGCACUUUUAAACGUCACAUUUUUCUCUGCCAGCAAUUUUCUCUGUAUUGCCUCUGAUCUCAGUCCACUCACAAACCUAUCACGGAGAGCAUCGUCCAGGUGAGCUCCAAAAUCACAGUUUGUUGACAGGUGUUUCAGAGCUACCAUAUAGUCACUUACAGAUUCACUCUCUUGUUGAUUUCUCUUCUGAAAUCGAAACCUCUCCAUAAUGACAAGUGGUUUGGGCUUGUAAUGGUCACUAAGUGCUUUGGUGAGCGCUGCAUAACUUUUCGUGCUUGGCUUAUCCGGCAGGAGUAAACUUUUCAAAAGUCCGUAGGCUUCCGCUCCAAUUAGCGACAGAAAAACGCUGACUUUCUUUUCAUCGUCCACAUCAUUUGCUGCCAUCCACUGUUCCAUCCUCUCCAGGUAAGAUUCAAAAUCUUCCUUACCCUCUCGGUAUUCCGACAUGUUGCCGAUGAGAGCCAUUGCUGCAGUCCGCCGUUAAUAACAGUAGCAGUCACGUUAGCUUGUUAGCUCGUUUGUUAGCCACUCACGUUGGUGCCACAAUCUUCCUUUCUUGUGAUCUGCCUGUUAUAACUUCAUGUCUCUCGUCUUCCGGGAUGCUUUUCUUUCUUUUAGCAUCCCAUCCUCGUCGCCAAACUGUAAUAUAUUGUUGUGGGGAAAUAACUCAGACUGAGACUUGACCGAGCGUGGAGAGCGGGACUUUAUCUCAUGUAGACAAAAGCACGUAACAUACACACGUUACUGAACGUCAUAACUCUAUAUAACCACAAGUGGGCAGUGUCCUAUAAUGGUAUCUUGUCAAUACACUACAGUUUAUACUCCAUUUUCCACCUGAAAACCCCAUGCCGAUUGGUUAUCGCAGCUUCAGUCCAGAUUUUUUAACUCUUGGGAAUGAGCAAAUGAAGCAAGUAGCACGUUGAAUGCAAUGUAAGUUGUAAGGCCUGUCUCAGAACACCCCACUAUAUUUUACUGUUUUGGCUACACCCAGCCCACUGGAGACUGGAGAUAGAAAAAUUGAAGAGCGUCCACCACUGCAGGGGGGUGGAUGCCCCACCCCUCGAUUAGUCAAUUUUUGGUCGAAAAUUUCAGGGUUUUAGUCCAAAAGAAUUUCGUUGGUUGAUUACAGCCCUAGUAAGAUAGGCCAUUCACACAUAUAAUCAGCUCAGUCUGCACUACUGACACUGCCUCAUUUGCAUUGCCCAACUAAAACUUGCAUCUAAUCACAUCUUACAUUGACUUUAUAUGUGAUUCAAUUGUGCAAAGAAUUUACAAGGCCCCGUGGUAGUGCCCAGGAGGUGAAGUAACAACUCUGAUUUCCUUCUUUCUGUUCUGGGACUUAAAUGUUUGACCUUCCAGUUAUCAGGCCAAGUGCCCACACUAUUGCAACCUAAGAUGGGUUAAAGAAAUAGUUGUUGGUCAUUCUGCAUGGUCAUAAUGUAAGCAAGACAGCAUUUGAAAUGGAAAUCUUUUCAAUGACACAGAUGCAGAAGAGGAUGAUGAGUAUCUUAACAGCGAAGAAAUCUUUGUUCGAAGUCAUUUAUUUGAGACUUGGAUGUGGUCAGAUUGGGAACUGCCAGCUUGCCCACUUCAUGACUUAAACUGGUAAGUCAACAGAAAUAAAUGCAAAAUUUUCUGCUAAGAUGUAUUUUGGUCUUUGCUCCAAAAACUGAUGAAACUUUUCUUCAUUUCAGCACCACCAUAUCCGAUAAGAAACGUUUUAAUUUGCCGUACUCAAUCGCAACCUGGCAGGUAACUGCCAUUGCUCUGUCAAAAACUCACGGUGAGAGUUUUUCAGCUAUUUAUCUUAACUCUUUUUUUAUCUUCACACAUUCAUGCUGAUUUAAAAGGUUUUCUUAGAGCACAUUACCACAGUGAUCCUGGAUUUGAGUCUAAGCACUCCGUUGUGAAACAUGCCACCUUAUGCCACUACUGUCAGUAACAAGACUUUAUCAAAAGAGAGUUUCUUUGGUACAUUAGUACUCCAGUCUUCGAGUGGUACCUCAAACUUCAUUUAAUUCCCUCAAAGAACUGUUAACAAUUGUUGUCUCAUUAUCAGAUAAGAUUGUAUCAUAUUUAUAACUUAGGAGCCCAUUAGCCAAGUUCAGAACUCCACUUACUUAAGCAUACAGCCACUUCCUGCUUAACAGUUGAAAAUUACCUGAUGCAACGGCAGAGAAAGACGUUUGCACAAGCCAAGUGAUUAAUCUCUUAAUGAAUGCAAUGAAAGCACAGACAUUUAUGUUGUUGUGUUGUUCUGGUGUCUAUUUUUGCUCCACAGUUGCUGUUUGAUAUUAAGUACUGUACAGGCACAUGUCCUUGUUGCUUAAGGGUCACUCCAUAAACCAUAACACUGUUGGCCUUACUAUUAAAAAACCUUGGUCCGGUAGCAGGAUGAGAAAACUUGCUACAGUUUCCUCAUAUUAACCAUCAAAUGAUAAAUUAAAUGAACAUUAAGAAGAAAGCAUGAAAAGAAAACAGCAAGUCAAGUCAACUUUUAUUUAUACAGUACAUUUUACAAACAGCCAGUGUUGACCAAAGUGCUUCAGGAAGUAAAAGGCAACAAGACUAAGGCUCAUAGUCUCAAUAUCAACAGUAAGACACACAUGUAGUAUUAUAGUCUUAUUGAUGUAUUGUUUGUUCAGUAGCAUGAUGUAAAAAUAGACAGUAGUAUUAAUAUUAACACUUCUUAAGUACUCAUCUAUAAAAUGCUCAUGAUGCUUAUUGAAAUGUUUUUCCUUCUGGUCAUAUCUGUGGUAUUUUCAUUAACUAAGAGGCUGAAUCAUUAGCUAAGCUAGUCAUUAACUAAUAGCUGAAUGCUAUUAUUAGCUGUCUUCUGCUGUUUGCAGCCACUUUUAAAUUUGUUUUGUAUUUGUAUUUUUUUUCCUGAUCAUUAUCAAAUGUAGAUUUGUGAGGUGUGAAACAAUCGCAGUUAGCAGGAUUAAAAAGGUUUGUAGGUCCUGCUACCUGAAACACAGUAAUACAUGAUAACUAUAUAUGAAUUUCCCACCCUGAGCGUGUCACCACGGGAAGAUAGCCGCCAUGGGAGUAUGGUCAAUUAAUAGUACAGUUGAGUAAGAAUGUGUAUGCAUUAAGUAGCCCCAGCAAUAAAAGGUGCUAUUGUCUUGUGUUUUGGCUCUGUAGAUAGGCUUUUAUCCAACGACAAGAGUUAGAGGAUAGGUUACGAUUCAGCAAGUUGUUUUAGUGUGGCUUUCCUUUCCAUUUCAAUGUAGAGCAUUUUCUGUUUGUACAUAAAAUUGUGACUUUAUAUCAUUUAGAUAGGGCAGUGCAUCGAGCAAGAAACUUGGCCAAAAAAUGGACAGCCUACUUUUAGCUGAAUGAUGCUAAAAAAAGAUAAUAGUAACACUUACCUGCUCCAGUUUUCAGGUUCAAUAAAAGGAUGUGCUUACCGAGGAUUAGGCUAGUUAACUGAAGUUUGCAUACUGUAGAAAUAUUGUCAUUCCUCCUUUGGAAAAGAAAUGUAAUUAAUAUUUAUUUUCUUCCUGCUGUGAAGGGAUUUGUGUGGCUGAACCACUGGAUGUAGUGACACGAAAGAUGUUCUUCAUAGAUCUCAUACUGCCACACUCUGCUGUCCAAGGACAGCAACUGGAAAUUAAGGCUAUCCUGCACAACUACAUCGAGGAAGCUGUCACUGUAAGUUUUAGCCUGUUCAGUUCAGUUCUGUUCAGUGAUUGUGGUUACUGCAUAGACAUACACUGUUUUCAUAGGAGAUGCCCCCCCCAUGUCAUUGAUGAUUUGUCAACUGCCAUCAUUAGAGCCCACAAUUUGGGCUCUAGCAGUGUUACAGAACUGUGCCAUCAUUGAUGAUUGUUUAUUUGUUUACUUUAUUUUUUUAAUAUAGUUAAUUUGCCAGUGGCCACAUGUAACUUUAAAUCUCUCUUUUUUUUUUUUAUCUUUACCAUCUGAUUCAAGGUGCGUGUGGAUCUGAUUGAGAACAAAGAUCUGUGCAGUGCAGCUUCUAUGCGUGAGAAGUAUCGUCAGAAGGUCCAAGUUGAGGCUGAAUCGACACGAUCCGUACCAUUCAUCAUAUUCCCAACAAAACAGGGAGAGUUCCUCAUUGAGGUCAUAGCAGCUGUGAAAGAGACUUCUCUGGCGGAUAGGAUUUUUAAAAAAUUGCAUGUGGUGGUAAGAGGAACACCCUUCAAUAAUUGUGUAUCAAGACCCUUUUUAAAAAAAUGCUUGAAUUCAAGAUUCACACUUUAUCUCAGGCCUGUUAAUUGAUGGAUUUUGUGUGGUGCUACCUACAGCCUGCUGGAACUAGAUCUGAACAAUGUCCACCUGUGAAACAGAAUGAAGUUACUACCAUGAGAAUGAAAAUCCGCAUUUCAUUCCCCAUUUACAAAUACAUUAUCAAUUUGAGAAUACAUAUUUGGCUGUCAAAGUAACCAACCAAUUCAGGGCACAUACAAUCUAAAACUGUAAAAAAACACUACAAAACAUCCAUCCUCUAAUAUUGCAGCACACAGACUUUGCUCUUUCCAGAGUUUCUUGCUUGUAAGGAUAAGAACCCAUCACUCUUUGACCCUGACACUUGGUGCCCCUAAAAGUUAUGUUCAGACCUUGUGUGAGCUGUCCACACCCUUCGCAUUUAUGACUGCAUGCCAAACUCUUGCACACAUGUACUUUCAAAAUGUUGAUGACACUGCUGCAGUGGGCCUUAAACACAUCUGGCCACCAGGACGAGGUCUCCUAACUGACUUAAAAGUGCUCAGUCAAUAAUAUUUUACACCUUUAAAGUAAAGGAGACUGAUUUCAGGAAAAAGAGAAGAGAAUGGGGCCGCUCUCCAAGUCAUUACACGGUCCUCACCAGAAUAUAGCCAUGACCCAAAGACUCAUUCCACUUGGGAAUUUUGCCACUGCUGCUUUCUAGUGGAUAAUAAUUCUAAAAAAAACCACACUAAUAGACUCCUCUCUUUGCUCAUGUGCCUUUGCUCAAGAGCUAAACUCUGAAGAACGUCUUUUUUCUGUUGUUUUGUGCGGGUACUUAAUUUUCUUUUUUUUUUUCUCUUUCUCGCUCUUUUUUAAAAGGGGUAUAUCGUGCUUUUCUACAUUUACAACAAAAACUGCAAAGUAACAAAGUUUGGUGUGCAUACUACAUGUAUGCAAAGCUUCAAAUCAUGUAUAUGAUGUAUUUGGGGUAAUGCUGCUCUGCUGCUCAGCUGAUUGACCACAAUCGAGUGAAUGGCAUAGGUAUAAAUAUUAAAAAUAUGAAAGAGGACUCAGAGAGAAAGUAUAGAGUCUGAAAAAAAUGCAUGAUACACCCCCCCCACCCCACCCCCACCUCCCUGAACUAUCAACCCAUUAACCUUGUCUCACCCUCAAGGGAUUUCUCAGGGUUUAUCAAUAAGAAGUAACCAACACCGUUAUUGGGUUUUGACCUUUGAGAAUCAAGUUUUACAAGUGAUUUGUAAGAAAGACAGGUAGUAAUCAAACAAACCUUUCCCACUCUUUUUCAGCCUGAAGGUACUCUUACCAAAUCUGUAAUGAGCAUGUCACUAGAUCCUGCUAGGAAAGGAAUAGGUAAGGUUUGUCUUCCAGCAGCCACAAUAAGCAAUAUGCAUUUUUUUUUCAUACACAUAUCCCUUUACUUACUAUUUGUAUCUUUUCUUAGAAGGCAUACAUGAGACAACUAUCAACAGUGACAUUCCCCGGAAAUAUUUGGCUCCAAACACACCAAUAUGGACUGAAAUUUUUCUGACAGGUGGGAUCAGGGGAAUUAUUUAAUGCUUGAACACCUUCCCUUUUACAUUAAAUGAUUUGUUGUACAGGAUAUAUCACCUUUUUUAAAAACUGAUUAACACCACAGGUGUGUUCUUCUCUAAAUCCUCACAGGAAAGCCGACAGAAGGAGAAUUACUGGAAAAUGUCAUUAGUGGAGACUCAAUGGGUGCUUUGAUACGACAGCCCUCACACUCUUAUAAUCUGGACACUAUUUAUACUUUGAGCCUGCCUGUUAUUGCAACCAUAUACUUGGACAAAACCAACCAGUGGGAAGCUGUGGGCUUUGAGAAACGCAAUGAAGCCCUGGAAUACAUCAAAACAGGUAGCACUGUUAAACUGAAGAUCCCAGUAGGAUUCCUCAAACUGGAAUCCUAUGGCUGAGAAAGGUGGAAUAGCAGUUAGUAAAAGUGUUGUGCUUUGUUAAUGUUCAGGUUAUAACAAACACAAGCUUGACUACCGUCGAUCUGAUGGGUCUUUUGGUAUUCACUAUCCAUUCCUUUUUUUCCCAAAACAAGCCUACUCACGGUAAGACAGCCAAGCCUUCAUGUUUUUUUUGUUAGUUUUUUUUAACUAGAUUUGUGUUCAUCAUCAUUAAAACUUAUUUAACUGUGAAACUAUUUAAAGUGUUUUGGGUUUAUAAAAUUUAUCUUCCCACCAAGGCUAACAGCACAUGUCAUCAAGGUGUUAACCAUGGCCCACAACCUGGUUCCAGUAAGCGUGAACAUCAUUUGUGAUGCUGUCACGUUUCUCAUAAUUCAAGCACAACGACCCGACGGAAGUUUCAGAGUAUGUGCUAAAAUGUUUGUUCAGUUAUAUGAUAAAUUAAAUCAGACAAUCAAACAAAAACAAUAACAAAGAUAUUUCUGUGUGUGUGUGUGUGUGUGUGUGUGUGUGUGUGUGUGUGUGUGUGUGUGUGUGUGUGUGUGUGUGUGUGUGUGUGUGUGUGUGUGUGUGUGUGCGCGUGGGCACGCACGCGUGUGUAUGUUCUUGUGUUUAUUCAUAGAGUGAUACAUUUGAUACAUCAUGCACAGAUUGUGGUGCAUCCACGACAGCCUUCUGCCUCAUUGCCAUGCAGGAAUCAGCAAAGUUAUGUAUUUCCAAUGUUGACUUUGAUGGCCUUGUGAGUAUCUCAGCCUUGAAUGUUUUUUCCUUUCAUUUGACAUUUUUUAACAAGAAAAAUCAAAUAAGUGUUCAUGACAGUGACUAUAUAUCCAUUUGUAAAAAGACAGAAAAACUACACAAAUCCAACUUCACCAUACAGUUGUCAUGUGCUGUUGUCAGUUAUAAGUAUUUACAUCUGUUUGAUUUUAUUUGAAUUAUUAAAUAUGUUUAAUUCAUUUAUUCAAAUCUCUUAAAGUCAGCAUAAAUCUGUUAUUCGGAAAACAAUUCAACUUAAUCAGUUAAAAUGUAUGAACAUAACUUAAAUGUGAUGAGCUGUGGAUCAACUUAGAUUUAUUAAGUACAAAUUUGUGAGAAAGAAAAAAAGUUGAGUUUGUUCAUUGGCCUGUUUAUGUUAAUAAGUAAUUUAAAUGAAUGGAAAUUUACAAUGCAAUGAGGCCUUAAUAUUUCUGUGAGUGUGGGGUUUUACAGAUGAAUCACUCAUGUGCUUACACCUUUUGUACCUUUUGCAAGAGAUGGUCAAGUUUUCUUACUUAUCAUCCAGCUGUGUUUAAUGCUUCAUUCUAUAUGGUCAAAACUUAAAGCCAGCGAUGAUGUUUGUUUUUGAAUAGCAAGAGAGUCAUGUAUAAUCAGCUGCAGCACAUUUUCCUGUUUUAUUAUUGCUUUGAAUUCAUUUGGGAAGCACAUUUGUUAAGAUCUGUGGAUCAUGGCCGGUGUUGACUUUGACAGCUAUUUAAGAUUAAGGUUGCUUUCACACUAGUCUCGUUUGGUCCGGACUUCAGGACUUUUUCGGUUUGAACCAAAAUUUCAUGUGUGAACUCAACCCUGGACCAUGGUCCGGAGUUUGGUCAGACCAAACAAGCGGACCAUGGUCCCCCCAAAAAGUUGGGACUCGGUCUGGUUCGAAGUGAACCAUGGUCUGGUUUGCUUCAGGUGAGAAUGUAACCGGACUUAAUAGGACCAAAUACAGGAAGCAAACCAAAACAGCAGUGCCUCGUGGGUGAAAGACAGAUGUGUGUUACUAGCUAAGAGAAUAGGAAGCGGAGGGCGUGUGAGCGCAUGUGAUUUGUUUACAAAAAAGGUACGUCUUGACAAAUGACAGUGUGAAAACAGACCGGACCAAAAAUUAGUUGCAACAAUGUAUCAUUUUUUUCCCUCUGAUCAGGACCAUGGUCCAGAAUUUCAUAUGUGAAAGCGACUAUAAGUCUCACUAUUGGUCUUUGUACUUAAAUGCCCUUUGAUUUGAUUCAUAUUUAGUCCAGCUUUAGUCAAAUGAAAGCAAAAACUGGCCCCUACAUUGGUGAAGCUGUCGUCAAUAAUAGGUCACUACAUUUUAUUUCUUACUGUUUGAACAUUUUCUGUUUUCAAACUAAAUCAUUUGAUCAAAUAUUUGUAUCAAGAUUGUACUCUGGUUUAUAUCUGUAAUGUUACACUCUCAACACUUAAACUUGUGUAAUAUCUUGAUUUUUCACCUUGAAUGCAUGAUUUGAUUUAGACUCUCCCACCAAUGCAAUUCUACUGUGCUGUCCCUGAUGAUCUACUGAGCUACUUUGUAAUCUUACACCAAUUUAGACAUUGUUUCUGUGGCCAUUAAGGAUUCUGCUCAUUUUCUUUGACAAUUUAUUAUUUUUGUCGGGGGGUCCAGGCUCUGUCCUUAAUGCCUUUAAGGCCAAGAAACGCCCCUGGACACACUGACACAUAUUUCACUGCUCUCUUGGCUGCAUCAUCAUUUUUCAAUUCAUUCAUCUUCAAGAGAUGUUGCCCACAUAAAAAAUAGGAUAUAAUAACCAAAUAAACACAAGCUGCAGCCACAAUUUGGGCUCUAGCAGUGUUACAGAACUGGCUGGAUUAGUGGAAAAUUGACAAGGAAGAUUACCUCAUAAAGCUGUUGUUUAAAGUGCUGUUGUUUUUCAGUGCAUUUCAAAUCAGGUAUACUGCGGACUCGUUAAGGAGAAUUUCAGUUGUGUGGUUUGUAAGAUUAUAAAUAACCUGCAAACAGCAAUGCCGACAAACAUAAACAAGCACCUUUUUCAUUGUAUGAUCCAUACAUAAGGAAACCUCAUAUGAUGCCUGGAAGAAGCUGGUUAUGAAAACACAGCAGCCCUUAAGGUCACAAGCACAGGUAUUUCAAAACCACAAAAAAAGAAAAAAAAAAUUUCACUGGAUGCCAAAGUGUUGCAGAAAACACAAAAAUGUUAGGCAGCAAAAUAGAAAAAAAUCUUUCCGAGUGUAAUGGUUUUCAGACAGAGAAAUAUUGUUGUGUUAUACUGUAUAUGUCAUGUAAAAGAACAGCAGCUUUCAUUGAAGGAUCAGAAGAAGUGGUUUGAUCACCGCCAUCAUCCCUUAAACCUCUUUCCAACUCCACAACCGCUUCACUAACAAGUUUGCCAUGCUAGAUCUGGUCUUUUGUGGAUACGAAAAUGACUUAGAUGAUCAGAGACUUAGCAAGAUAAAAAUAAGUAGUAACAGCAAAUACUGUGCCCAUGAGGGAUCAAUCUUAUCCCUGCUUUGUUAUCAAUGCAAACUUAGCCCUUGAAUAUGUUUAUUAUCUCUCAUCAGUUGUCUUUUCCUUUACUCCAGGGUCUAUUCUACGGGUCAUCCUUAGCAGUGAGCGACCUGGAAGCGCAACUGCCCAGCCUCACCAACCCGUACGCUGUUGCAAUGGUUUCAUAUGCACUUGCUAAUGAUGAUAGACUGAACAAGGAAGUGCUCUACCGGUUUGCCUCCCGAGGUUUGCUGUCUUCAUAUAUUUGUAAUUUUUCACAUAUAAAAUUCAAGACUGUUGUUCAUUGAAGGGGUUGCUAUACCAUUUCUGCUUUGAUUUUGAGCUUGUCUUACCAAAGUGGAAUAUUUUGGCAGUCAGUUACAAUCGGGAUUGCUGGUUGCUGUUUUUGACAAAUGUUCAGUUGAGUUAUUGUUAGCCUUUAGUCCAGAAUCUGUUGUACAACUUGCUUUGUGUGUUUUCCCCCCAAGAUUUGACCCACUGGCCUACAUCCGAGGGAUCUGCUUUGACACUGGAGACCACAGCUUAUGCUCUACUUGCACUAGUGAAAGCCAAGGUAGCUAUAACUCCAAGUGUAUGUCAACAUAUUGUUCUAUACCUAUACCAUACACUUGUGUUUAUAAAGAUAGUCUAUGCCAUCCCUGCUCAAGUCAGGGCCCUGACUAGGCCAUCCCAAUCAAAAAUAUCGAAACAUGGCCCUGACUGACAGAUAUAGCCAGUGUACAUUACUGGUCAGUCUGUUUUUUAAAUAACAAGCAGCUAUUUAAGCAGCUUAAAGGGAUAUUCCAGUGUAAAAUGAAGUUAGAGUCAAACACACCGCAACACUGAGUUAGACACCCCGUUGAGGGAUGAAUGUUGCUGACCGCUUGCUUCUCUAGUUAUACCAACUUUUGUAACAACAGCACGAUAGCAAUUCACAGCAGUCUAUGGAUCCACACACUUAACCAAAAAGCCACUCUAUAGCCGAAAAUAAUGCUCAGAACGUCACCUAACCUAAAAAUCAUUACUUUGUCAUUUCCUUGAAGCAGUAAUCCCCAUAUUAAUCAUUUUGCACUGCAGACAUGGUAGUUCUUCUGCCUUACUAUCUUGGUCUGAUUGCAUUUCCAUGAAGUAUUGAUCAUAAAUGUUCUUCCUUGAGCUGCAUCACCCCGCUGCAGUCAGUGAUAGACUCAUCCAAGGUCUCCAUACAAACAAGUGGCUGCUGGAAAAGAGUUGGUGAGUUGUGUUUAGUCUCUUUGCUGAAGAAAUCAGGCAAAGCUAAAAAGAUGUUUGGUGGCUAGUGCUAUGGCUGGGACCCUGUAUGUACUGUUGAUGAAGUAAGGUGCUGUUCUGAGCAUUAUUUGUGGCUUUUUGGUUGAGUGCAUGGCUCCUGAGACCGCUGUGUAUUGCUGUCAUGCGGUUGUUACUAAAGUUGGUAUAACUAGAGAAGCAAGCAGUCGGCAACAUUCAUCUCUCAACAGGGUUUCUAACUCAGUGUUACAGUAUGUUUGACCCUAACCUAAUUUUACACUGGAAUAUCCCUUUGGGUAAAAAAAGAAAUUGAUAGUGUAAAAUUUCAAUAUCUUUAUUUCUUUUUCACUCUAAGAAGUAUCAGGUACUGGCAGUAAUAAAACUUGGAACUAUGAGCAUUUUAACUCCUUCCUGCCCUCUUUUUUAAGGCAUUUAAAGAAGCUAGACCAGUUGUUAGAUGGUUGAAACAACAGGAGAGGGAAAGCGGGGGAUACGGAUCACUUGAGGUAAAGUGGUAAUUUCUCUCUUUUUUUUUUUUUUUGGAUAUAGCUUUCAAUUUUUUGACCACUAAGUAAUAUGACAAGACUUACUCUUACUCUGUCCUCAGGCUACAUUAUUAGUGUACCAGGCUGUAGCCGAGUACUGGAGCAACGUGAAUGAACCAGAGUAUGAUUUGGAUGUGGAUGUCCGAUUACCAGGCAGAUUACGUGAGAUGAGGUUCCAUUUUGACAGAAGAAACCAGUUUACAACAAGAAGAAUAAAUGCAGUGAGAGCACACACACACACACACACACACACACACAUACAUACACACUAAUAAUCUGCAGAUAUCAGCCUUUUAUUGUUUUGUAUUGAUUGUUAGGCCUUAGAUGUUGAAGCUCUCAUUUCUACGUUUGAGUUUUGAAUCCUUCAACCUAGACACAUACAAAAUAAAUCAAGACAAUAAUGUAAGUACAUGAUGAAUGAAAAAAUGAUGUAACCUACUAUUUAAUAAAUAAUAAAAUAAAAAAUGUUUUUUUUUUUUUUUUUGUUUGUUUUUUUUUGUUUUUUUUUUAUGUAUAAAUGUACAAAAGGACGUUUGAUGAUCAGCUGACACAAAUACACAGGAACACUCCAAAUUUAGUGUCAAUAAAACUCUGAUUUCUUUGUUGGAUCAUCUAUUGAUAUGCGCUAUGGUAGCAGUCUGCUCCGAGGUAGUAAAACCCAACUUAGUACGCCAUGCUAGUCAUUCGGUCAUUGGCUUAAACAUCACUGAGCUACUUUACAUUACACACCUACAGCCUCCUAUAAUCCCAUUUAUGAUUUCUUUAGACUCAUGUACAGAUCCAUUCAUUCUGUUUUUUUUUCUUUCUUUUUUUUUUUUUUUUGUCCAUGACAUGAGAAGACAGUAUAACAUAUUUUCAACACAAGGCAGAAAGAAUGAAACACGCCUACUUUUUUUUUCUCAAAUGACAGCGAUGACAAUGAGAAUAUCUUAAUAUUUGCACGAACAAAGUUGUGUUCUUUUUCACUGUUUUGUAAAUAUUGUGAAUAUGUGAAUCACAUUACUACAUCACAAACAGACAUCUGAAGGCAAAAAAGGGCAUCUUGUCAUCAAAAUGUAUUUUUUUAAUCUUAAAAAUCAGUAGGUGUUUCCAAAAGCAGGGGCUACAUCCUGGAUUUUGAGAUUGAAUGUAUCACAGUGACGUGUAGAGGAUGGUCACAUUUUGAAAGGCUUCUUUAUGUGCUGACAAAUACUGUAUGUCCUUUUCCUAACGACCACAUGUUCCUCUCCAAGAGGCCACUUACAAUUUUUCAAAGGGCUACAAAGGAUCCAUGAAGCAUAUCCUUAGUGGCGAUUUGUUGCGUUUUGAUUUUAACAAGAUUGUGGGCUCUCAAGGAGCAGAGUAAUUCAGCUGUCCUGUGAGGUCUACAUAGGCUAUGGAGCUGACACCCUUUAAUGAGUCUUUAAUCAAGCCAGUUAAAAAGGACUUGAGGUCUAGAAACUGCUGGUCUUUCUUGUGAUUAUCAGCUUAAUUUUGGUUUGGCUACACAACCUUUAAUGCUUGCAAUGCUUGGUGAACUGUAGCACCCAUUUUGUGUGGGAAGACUACUCAAAUCAUUUUUGAAUAGUUGUAGUCCUGUUGUUGUGGCAUAGUUUGUAGUUGUCAUCAAACCUCAGUGAUUUAUGUUGAUAUCAUAUGAUAUCAAAGCUGGGAUUAAAGUGGUAUAUGCUUUCAACAAGGAUGAUGUUUCUCACAAACUAGUGCCUACAUUAUACUUUCUAUCAGCUGUUUGCUGCUGCAGAAUUGUUAAACAGUGGCUUUUGUCUCUGAAAUCACUGUCUAUCAGCUGAACAAACUGAGUUGGAAGGAGCCAUAACUUAAGUGUGUACUUGGCUAAACAAGUAGAGCUUCCUGUAAAAAAGAAAAAGAGAGUCUUCAUUUUUAGGAUUUCAUUCAUGUUAUACCAAGAAAGGACAAGAUGACAUGACAAUUUUUAAAGUCUGAAUUUUUCUGUUUCAAUGUGCAUUUAACCCUUACCUUUAUGUAUGUGUCUCUGUGUUUGUUCAUAUGUGUGUGUAUUAUUCCUUGGUGCAGUUUAACACAAUAAAGGGUACACGUGUAAUUGCCAGAGGAACAGGAGAACUAACCGUGACAGUAAGUCUAGCAAAUUUCUUUUUGGAUACUUAAUUUUUUAAAGUUUUAGAGUUGAAUUUUAAUUAUGUUGUGGUUGUGUAUGUUUUGAAUGAAUUAGAAACUAAAUAUUAAGCAUAAUUCCCAUAAAAUCAAUGAAAUAAAGGAUCUCAGAUUUUAUUUGACUUGUUUUGGUUCACCACUUGACAAAAAUAGUCACAUAGUCUGAAUAUAAUGAGGAUAAAAGACAAUAGAGAUAUUUCCUUUGUAAAAUCAGUUAUAUACCCUUUUUGUCUGUCAAUUAUCCAUUUAUACAUUUACCAUCAUAUCUAAAAGUUUUGAAUGUUUAAAGGCUUAUCAAUAAUGCAUGUCAGGUUUAAAAGUAUUACAUAAUGUCAAUUUUCACUGAAACUUGACACUUUGUGAAUAACUUAGUCAUGAAAGAAGGCUUAGUCAAUGAAAUACUGAGCUUGCAAUCUGUUAAGAGUUUAAUAUUUGAAAAUAUAAAUACCAAUAUUCUGUAAAUUGUUUAAUAAUGAUGCAUUUUAUUGUUAAAGAAGUCUGUGUGGCUCUAAGCUUUGCACAAAAUACCUAGACUGCAGGUUGUAUUCAUGUUCCUGUCAGUUAAACUGGUAAAAUACCGAGGAAUAAUUUUUUAUUGUGUGAAUUUAUCAGUGCUAGCCUAUCACAGAGCUCAUGUGUGAGACACAAACAUGAAUCAAAAUUGACUGACAGCCGACCAGGUGGUGAUCAGUUGAUGCCGCCAUCACAAAGAGACAUCAGCUCAUAUAAUGCUCCAGUCCAGAGGAAAGGACGUCUCAUGCUUUUCUCCCGUUUCCCUCUCUUCCUUCCUCAUUUCCUUGCAUCUCCCCAUGUAUUGCUGGUGGAGGGGACUAAGGCCCAAGGAAAAGGUGCAAGUGAGGGAUGCACAGCUUUAAGUAUAGAGAACUGAGACGUAGCUACAGUCUGGGGAUGUGUUAAAAGUUUAACUUUGGCACCACCUGGUGGUUCAAGAUUACCCAUGUAUGGCACCAUGAAUGACACAGUAAUAGACCAAUCUGAUGAAUCACCAGAAGUUAACAAAGAGAGGGAAUACUUAUUGAAAAUAACCACAUUUCAAACUGAUUAUAGUCUUCAUGAUAAAGGUUCUCCCUUCUUAAAGAUGUACUUUUUUCUAAUGACAGAUGGUGUCACAUUAUUACACUUUGCCUGGAGUUCAGGAAAAGGACUGUCCGAUUUUUAAACUGUCUGUGCAACUGCUGCCAGGUAAUUCUGUGUCUUCAGUCUCCUACAGAUAUUUGUCUAGUGCUUGUCUUCAAUAUUACUCUCACUUUUUUGUAUGUGAUAUUUCUGCAGAAGAUUUUCGUUUUAUAGGAAAACCUUCAGUGUUCUUAUUCAUCUUUCAUUUACUAUUUUCCCUGCAGAGAUAAGCAUUGGUGAUGGAAAAAUAUACAGGCUGAAAAUAGAGCUUUUGUGAGUAUAAUUAAGAUCAUGCCAAGAGUGUUACAGUUAUACUACUUAAUACAGCUAUCAGCACUUCGACUUUUGUUUCUCCACACUCUAGUUUUGGUGUUUUCUUACAGGUUUACAGUAUUUUGCUCACUCUUUUUGUUUCCAUUCAUACUCAUUUAAUUUUAUUCAUUGAUUUUCAUUGUGGGCAUCAUAAUAUCAUAAAGGAAUUUAGUUUUUAACACCUUACUUGUUUGUUACUCUGUCCAUUUUCUGUGCAGGAAUAAGAACGAGGAAGUUGAUAACACUGAGACAGUCUUGGAUAUUGGUCUGCUAAGUGGCUUUACUGCUAAUACUGAUGACCUGCGCUCAGUAAGAAAUUAUGUGCACACAUAUUCACCAACAUAAGGGGUCAAAUUCCUCUUAAUCAAGAGUUUUACUAACUCCUGAACUAUGUGUUUGUCUGUGUAUGAGUAGCUGUCAAGGUCACCAAACAUCACUGUUGAAAAUUUUGAGAACACCAACAUAUCAGACUUCAUUAUCAUUCACCUGAACGAGGUAAGACUUCUAUCCCUCUUGUUCAACACUGUCGAGGUGCAUACCACGACCCACCUUUUCAGAUUGUGUAUCACAAUUUAUAUUGCAAGAUUUUUAACUUGAAGGUAUGCACUGUUUCUUCUCCACCAGGAUUUUGUGGAGAGCUUGUAUUAGGUAAUUUAAUGUUGUUGCCAUCCAUUUAUUUCUAGAAUGAUAGAACAAAGAUAUAAUACAAAUUCCUACUGUUAAUUUUAAACCUGAUCUUGAUCAGCAGGGCCCCUCAGGGAUGCACUGCCACCUCUGCACCAGUUCUGGAUGUCAGACUCUAGUCAUACCUAAUAGAUGCUGAAGCUCCAGUGCAUUAACCAUGCAGCCUCUUUUGUUUUUAAUGUCAAAUGAGAGUUUCAAAUGUGCCAUAGUGCAUUACCCAAGCAUUUUAGCCACCUCAAGAGAUUAUUGUUAUAUCCAGGGAUGUUACCUGGACAAGACCAAGUGAGCCACACUAAUUAAGUUGGCAUAGUGAUUUGGCAAUGUGGUUGAAAUGUAGAUAGUUAUACUGAUGGCUUAUUCUAGGCUGAGGUCAGUCCUGGAAAUAUUAGGUCAGCCUUAGUACUCCCCAGUUUGUUUAAGUCAAGUAGAGCCUGGUCCCAGGCCUAUCUCCCAGUUGUUAGACCUGUGCUAUCCUACAUUUGCAGAAACUUUAUUUGGGGCAACAACAAAGUGAAAUUCCAGCAUCUCAUCUCAAACUACAGUGAUAUUCUCUUGAGUAUGUCCACUACUUAAAUGCUCACCAAUGAAAUGUAGCUAAUCGUCUUAUUGAAGAGUAGAUGCAUUUACUUUUAAUGGACAGUUCUAUCCUGUGUCAUGGCUUAAGAAAUGAUAUUUUAGAAAUUCAGCAGAUGUAUGGCUCCCCAAAACCAGCUGACCUCACUUUAGAUAGUUUUUUGAAGAAAACACAUUCAUGUAGUGAGAGUAGUUCAUCUUGCCUCCCUCACUCUCUCUUAUCACAGGUUUCUCACAGUCAACCAGAGGAGAUCACAUUUAGAAUCCAUGAGAAGUUCAAGGCACAAAUCCUACAACCAGCUGCUGUUUCAGUCUACAGACUUAGAAAAAGUGAGUCUCAGAGACACUUAACACCUCUUUCACACAUGAACUCUUAACAAUUUAGAACUUUCAGACAUUUUUGUGACCUACUCUUCAACAGAUUGUUGUGCCAGAUGUUUUUUAUACUAUAGGAAGUGGUGCAUUUGGUGUCAAGAGGUUACAGAGGAAGAGAAUAGAGCAGUGUUCUAGACCUGAGGUCAAGGACUUUGACUUAAAUAUGACUUAAGUUAACUCAUAACUCAACUUACAACUGAGCACUGAUGACUCUUACUUGGACUUGAGUGUUGACGGCAUGCAUACUCAGGAGAACUUGAAUUAAUUCAUUGAUGAAGACUUUUGCAAACCCUGAUUCCAUGAAGUUCGUAUGUUGUGUAAAAUGUCAAAGAAAAAACAGAACACUAUGAUUUGCAAAUCCUUUUCCACUUAUUCAAUUGAAUACACUACGGAAAUGCAACGUUUCCUGAGGGGUUGAAGUGCACAGGCAUUGAAUGUUGGUUUUGGUCCUUGUUGCUUACGUGCAGGGAUUUCUUUGAUUCUUUUAAUGAUAUUUUGGACUGUAGAUGAUGAAAUCCCUAAAUGCCGUCCAAUUGUGUGUUGAGAAACAUUGUCAUUAAACUGUUGGACUAUUUGCUCACACAGUUGUUCACAAGGUGGUGACCCUCUCCCCCAUCCUUGCUUGUGAAGGACUGAGCCUUUUGGAGAUGCUCCUUUUAUACCGAGUCGUGCACUCACCUGUUUCUAUUGAACCUGUUCACCUGUGGAAUGAUCAUUCUUUGUACAACUACAGAGACAGUUUACAAAAAAAAAGGCCCCUGAAAAAGUACAUACACUAUUGUUUGUUGCUACUAUCUUCAAGAGAAGGUCAACCAGAGUUGCUGAAGGAGAAAUUAAGGAUGCUUUUGCAAGAUAUUUCGAUCACAAACUGUGACCCUGAAAUCAGUUUCCACAAAGACUCAUGUUUCAAGUACCUUUUUUUGCCAGCAGGGGAGCAGUCUUGUGUCAAGUUCUACCAUCCUGAGAGGAAAAAUGGAGAGCUACCAGUGUACUGUGUUGAUGGCGAAUGUACAUGUCUUGCAGGUAAACAAGGAAACCCAAACUCUCUGAGCAAAUGUAUUUUGAACCUGCUAUGAUCCAUUUCUAGUUGUUUAUAUCUCAGAACUGAUGUGUAACUUACCAAAUCAAAUCAAACCAAAACCAAAAAGAUUAUCUGCAAUCAUGUUGACAUCUGUCUCCAGGUGAUGUUGAUGCAGACAAAGUAAGUGUGCAGACAGAGCUGCCUACCAAGCUGUGAAAGGAAAACAGCAUAGACUGCAUGUACUUCUUUAUCUACAAAAUUUGCUGAAAUGGACGUAAUAUGAAACUUUCCCCAAGCUGCUUUGGAACUGGCUUGUGUAUGUGGAGCUAAUACAGCUCAGUAGCUAACUCUAAUAGCUAAUUGUGCCAUAGGCAAUUGGCUAUCUGUGAAAAUCACUAUCAUUGAAAAAUAACACCAUAUUUUCUUGAUAUUAGCUAGAAGGACUGGCUCUCAUAGACAGUUUUUGCAUUUCAGAGGAUCCAUAACUCACACUUUUAUAACAUGCCUGGAACAAGUUGAAUAUGGCAAAUUUUCAACACAAUGACUGGGAACUAUUCAUCAAGGGACGGAAGUUGUAUGUUAACACCAUGGUUAUACACUCCUGAUCAAAAUUUUAGGACCAUUUGAGAAAUUGCAGGAAUUUACAUUUUGCAUGUGGAUCUUAAGAAGGUUUUAAGUAGAGCUUCAAAAUGCAAAAAUAAGAGAGGAGUAAGACUAAAAAAAUUUGAGUAAGCAAUUUGUUGCAAACAACCAUUAAAUUGAAAUAGGCUGUUCAUCAGCUGAUCAAAAGUUUAAGACCAUAUCUAAGACCCCUAGAAUAGAAAUAACGUUCUCAAAAAAGGACUCAGUAUUGUCCCAUUCUUGUUAAUUACCGCAAAAAUUCGUUUUGGCGUGCUUGAUGCCAGUGUUCCCAGGAGGCAAGUGGGAAUGUUGUACCAUGUGGUGAAGAUGGUUUCAUGGAGGGCAUCCACUGUCUCAAAGAGAGAAAGCUUUUCAGCCUUUGCCAUCAGGGAGUCAUGGCAGUGUGGAUACCUGACAGAAAAUGUCAUUGAAGCCACAUUUUUGCAAAGAUUUGGGCUUUUUAAGGCUGUGGUCUUAAACUUUUGACCAGCAGAUAAACAGCCUAUUUCAGUUUAAUGGUUGUUUUCAAUAUAUUGCUUACUCAAUUUUUUGCUUUGUCUCACUCACUUUUCUUCUAUUUGCAUUUUGAAGCUCUACUUGUACCCUCUUAUAAUCCAACAGUGCAAAAUGUCAAUUCUUGCAAUUUCUCAACUGGUCUUACAAUUUUGAUCAGGAGUGUAUAAUGCAUGAGCUAAUAUUUGAUUGUUUUUAAGCCUUUUCACUGCUAAUAAAUACUAGCUUGUAUAAUUUAACCACACAUUGAUGUUGUGGACACAGAAGCACCUAUUAAUUAGGGUACCCUCUAUGACCUGUUUUUUUUCUUCAGUUUUAGAUAACUGCAGCAUGCAGAGAAGUAAAGCACUCAGCAAUGAGGAACGCACAACCAUAACUGGAAUAGAUUUUGGUAAGACUGUGUGUGUUUUUCUUCAUGGCAUGUGAUUGAGUGGGCUUCUUCUCAAACUGGAAUCUCCCCCAUAAGUAUUUUAAGCUUUUGCAUGAAUCACUAACAAUAAAUACAAAAGAAAUCAUAUUUUUCCAACUUACAGGAGUUUAAUGAUCAAUUUAAUAUUGAGGUUAUUCUGUUAAAUUGGGAUUUUCCUGGGAAACUGAUUUCCUUGUUGAUUGAUCAGGAAUCUUUAUUCCCACUCUAGAGCCCUUAAAGCAUGAAAUUAAUCAAAAAAAGUCAUAAUUGAACACAAUUUAUUGAUCAUAUUAGACAUUUUAAAAUGGUUUGUCAGGUGCAGCAAGCACCAGCAGAGCUAGCGCCAUCAGCCUUUGGUCCAAAAUAAAAAUAGCAUAAUAUAGGAAAAGAAAGAGCAAGGGAAAGCCAAACAACAAAAACUGGAUCCAUAUUUUGUUGAUUCUCCCAGAGAUGAAUCUGAGUGAGAUGUACAUGUGCUAGCUUUGAAUUUGUGUUGUUUUAUCAUGAGGGGCCAGGUUUUUGUUGUUCUCUUGGAUUGUUAGACUUCAUGUCUGUUUGAUUGACUUCAAAAUGAUAUAACCGUGUGUGAAAUAUGCAGUUAAGCUUGUAAGCUCCGCUGUUGCGGACUUAGGUUGUUAGGCGACAUUAUCAUGAGCCUUGUUGGAUCCAAAGUGCCAAGUCAUGUGCCUCACUCAUGGCCUGACACUGAUUUGUUCUGCUAGUAGUAUAAUGAAGUGGUGUAUGUGGUGGUUUUGGAGGGUCCACUAUGUUUGUUUUUGAGUGAGAUGGUAGGCAAAAGAGAAAGCUAACAAGUAAGCCAAUAAUCUGUGAUUUGUCUUGUUUCAGCUUACAAAAUCAACUUUGAUCAUACAGUUGGAGAAAAUUUAACAGCACAGAUAGUGGAAGUCAUCAAAGCAGGUGGGUAUUAAGUGUCAGCAUAGUAACACUGAUUUUUUUUCUUUCAUCAACCUUGAUCUAAAAGAGUUUAUGAAGGUCACCUGUGGUCUCUUCUCCUACUUCAUAAUUAGGGGAUGUUGAUGUGGCUCCACUGGGUAAACAAAGAAGAAUCAUUGUCUCUUCACAAUGCAGAGCAGCUUUACAACUGACACCAGAUGAUGACUUCCUUAUCAUGGGGGCGUCUACUGACAUCCAAAGAUUUUCAGGAAGGUAUUUUUAAUUUUCUUCUACAGUGUGUGUGUGUGUGUGUGUGUGUGUGUGUGUGCGUGUGUGUGUGUGUGUGUGUGUGUGUGUGUGUGGUUCCAGGUAUGUGUGAGUGAUGAGUGUGUAAGCAUGAGUGUUUCUGGUGUGAACUGCUUUACUUCUCUGCUGUCUGAAAUGCAUACAGUGCAUUUGAGCAAAUCUUCAAGUCUUACGUGACACAAUCUUGUUUCUGAGUUUUAACUUACUUACCGUCCUCACUUACACUGAUCACAUCAUUUUCGAACCGUGACAGUCAUAAAUACACUUCUAUUUUCACGGAAGAAGAAAGUUGUAACAGCCAAAACAUAUCUGAUGUUGUGUACCACUCUGCAGGUUUCAGUAUGUAAUUGGAGAGAACACAUGGGUCGAGCACUGGCCCAGUGAGUGUCAUCAUAAAAGAUACGAACGCACAUGUUUGGGCAUGAAGAAGCUGAUUCGGCAGUAUGAAGUCUUCAAGUGUCGGCAGUAAAUGAAACUGUAGACAAUAAAAUUAUGUGUAUUGUUUGUUGUCUUCAUUGUGUCGAUUGAAUGAAGUGUGUUGCUGGCUGAUGAAAGCCUGAGAACUGAAGGUGUUGUACGCUUUUUCACAAGAUUCACAUGGGAUGAAUUUACAUGGUAAAUUUACAUCAUUUUAGUGCUUAACCAACUUUUCCCUCCAUAGGUUCCUCACGUGUCAGCUUAAAACUAAACCUUUGUAGUUGUUUGCCUCUGCCAACCAUUCAAAUUCAAGGUUGCUUUUAUGUCUGCCCUGAUUAAUGUGAUGAAUGUAGUAAAGACUUUUAUAGAACUUAAUUUUAAGUGUAAUAUUUUUGUCCAUAUUAGAUAUUUUUUCAUUGGCAAAGGAAAUGUUCUGAUUUGAUUUCUAGAGAAUACUGUGUCAUUCAGAUAAUUCUCUUAUGUCCAGAACUAGUAGAAUAAAGAUCUCCAAGAUGUUC